AUAAUCCACAGACCCGUUCUUCCACGGAUGGCAGUUGUGAACAGUUAGGAACCCAAGCUGCCUCUGGAACCCCAAGAGCAGCGAGGGAUCCUCCAACUGCCAUCUUACGCCCUCGGGAAUCUCCCCUGCAGGCCCACCAGGUACCCAAGAGGAACUUUGUCUGCCAAUCCAUCAUGUGCCCUCUCUUGCCAUUUCUGCACCGAUGGCAGGCAGGCUGCCCUCUUGCCCCUCUCUGUCCUGCCCAAGCCAUUUCCCACCUGCCACGGUUUGCCUAGUAAAAGGAAAAGGGGCAGGGCUGGAUUUAGGUUUGAUGAGGCCCUAAGCUACUGAAGGUAACGGGGUCCUUUAUAUGUCCAGCUGUCCUUUGUCAACAACAAAUUGUCACUGUUUUUUGUGUGUUGAAUAUAUCCUGUAUGGUAUAUAGCGAAAAGCAAAGCUACAGGGAACCAGGCAGAGGGUCUUCUCGGUAGUGACGCCCGCCCUGUAGAACGCCCUCCCAUCAGAUGUCAAAGAGAUAAACAACUACCUGACAUUCAGAAGACAUCUGAAGGCAGUCCUGUUCAGGGAAGUUUUUAAUGUGUGACAUUUUAAUGUAUUUUUAAUCUUUGUUGGAAGCAGCCUAGAGUGGCUGGAGAAACCCAGCCAGAUGGGAGGGGUACAAAUAAUAAAUUAUUAUUAUUAUUACGAUGGAUCUAAUAGGUAUCUAAAGCCAUUUGCCUAUAACAAAAUAUGUAUUUUAUCAAAGUAAUUGUUAAACUGAAAUACAAUUAAGAAGAAAUAUAUUAAUAGUGAAAUUUUGGGGGGCCCUCAAGAGAGUGGGGCCCUAAGCUAUAGCCUGUUUAGCUUAUACGUAAAUCCGGCACUGAAAAGGGGAAGAAUAAUAGUUUUUCUCCCUACCACCCACGGGGGGGGGGGGUCCCCUGAGGCGCCCUUCUCCCUUGCCGGCGCCCCUGAAAGCUGCAAGGCUGCGGAGUCUCUGCAGUUUCCUUUCCUUGCAUUGAGUGCAGCUAUGUGCGUUGCUACGGAAACUGCAGGGUUGGGGAAAUAAUAAUAAUAAUAGCAUUCUCCUCCAACUCCUCCUCCUCCUCCUCCUCCUCCCCCGGGAGCCGAAGUUCCCGCAGCAGCAGCAGCAAACCGCCAGAAUAGCCUCCCUGCUCCUCUCUCUUACCUUUGGGAGACCCAGCCCGGAGAGAGAAUGAGGCAGGUAAUUCUGCGGUAGCGACAGCCGCCGCCGCCGCCAGCCUGCAGUUCUUUGGUAAAGCUCAUGGUGCUGGCAGCUGAGCCGCUGCUGGGUGGAGAGGGAGAGAGAGAGACGGGCUGCCCUAUAUCCAGAGUGAAAAGAAGAAUUUGGACUUUGCUGUGUGCACAGGUGCUCUUCCCCUUUCUCCUGCUCUGUUAUUCUCUACGGGGGACCAAAACAAAAAAUGCUCCCUAGUUUGUGCUGCGUCGUUGUCCCCUUUCCCCCGCUUCCCCCUGAUUUGCGUGUUCACACGUGAUACUAACAGCGGCUCCCCCCCCCCGACACGGUCGUGUGAAUUACUUUGUUUCGUUUGUUUUUAAAGUGUUUUUGUUUAAAUCGGCCUCUUUUCCCUUCGUGGGUUAAGCCUGACGCUCGUGCACGCCAAAGAGCAGCCACAGGUUUGUUUUGUUUUUUAGAGCUUUUAGUGUUGCGUGGACGGGGACACUGUGGAGAAAAGCUGCAACUGGGCACCCGGGUUUCCUGAAGGGAAAUGCCAAGAAGAAAGAAGAAGUCGGGGAGGGGAGGGGGAUUGGAUCUGCCCGAAGCCAUUUGCAAAAGCAGGACAGGCAUUUCUUGUCCACUUCCACCCUGGCAAGAGGGCUGUGCUGGUCCAGGCAUCUUGAAGGCUUGAUAUUUCCUCAGCAGAAGCUGAAAAUGGGGGUGUUUGAUACGAAGGGCCCUCAGAGGGGUUUAAUGCACUGAUCUCUCUCCCUGCCUUGAGCCAAAUCAUGCCUUCUAAAAGCAGCUGAGACAGACAUCAGGAAAUAUCAGAGGAUGGGCUCUCUUGCCCUUUGAUCCCAUGGUUUAAAGUCAAUUUAAACCAGAACUCACCUGCAAGCAUCCAAGCUCCAGGAUCAUAUGAAGUGGUCAUAUGAUCAACAUGCUCCUGAGGAUAUGCAGAGUGCUUUCACUUCAUCACAGAGCAACCACAGUCAGACGGCCCCCCCCCAAGCCUCUGAUGUGGCUUCUUCUUGACAAGGUUGAGCCCUGAGACCUCUUGUUGUAGAAAUUAAUCUCUGGGGUAUAUCUUAUCAAGGUUGCAGUAAGAGUGUGUCUGGUAAAUUACGGGGUAAGCAUGUGGAUCAAUUAAAUGUGACACUGGUGGGGCUGCAGCUAUGUCUUCAUUUGCAGUAGGAUGUGGCAGUGAGAGACAGCAUCCUGAGGGGAGUGAAGAAUGAACUGUUUUCUCUUCAGGCUGCAUGUGGAGGAAUGACAAUUUUUAAUGCUUCACUAUGUAAAAAUAGGGGGGGAAAUGCCUCCCUGCAAGUAGCAAACUAGUUAAGCAAAAACCUUUCUUCCCUGAUGUGCUUAUUUUCUGCUUGCAAGGAUUUUCAACAUGGGUUGCUUUACCUGCUGUCUGAAAUGGUACAGUCCACUCUAACAUCUUGCUGCUCUGUCAUUCUGUUCUGCUGCGUCUGUGGUAGAAGGGAGAUCUAAAAUCAUGCAACUGCAAAAAGACCAAUUCAGCAAUAAAGUUCUUUUGUGUCUCACAGCUCUGUUUUCUCUCUCCCCCCGCCACCCCAUUUCUUGUUCUACUGAACAUAUUUCUGUUAGGAUGUUAUCGGAAUUCAGCCAGGAAAAGUCCCACUAUUCCCAGUUCCUGCCCACUAUCUCUGGGCCCAAUAAAAUACUGCCAGCUGAAAGCUUUUAUUUCCCCCCUAAUACCUGAUGAUAAUGUCCUCCUCCUCUCCAUUUUUGCAUGCCACCUGUUGCUGAGCUGCUGAGCUUUGGCCACUUUGGAGACUUGCGGUCCACCUUAUGGUUGAUUUUGAGGAUGAAGAAGCUGGCAUAGAAGAAUGGAGAAAAGCAAGGGGAGUGAAAACUCCUGGAGAAAAACAACAACAUGUUGCCUAGUUCCAGUGACUACAAAGCUGGAUGCUGGGACUACAAAGUUGGGAAAAGGGGGGAGGGGGUUCUUUAUUCUGCUCAGUCACUGUUUCUGCUUUACGCUUGUAGACUGAGUAUAUAGGAUAAGAAACUCCUGAUGGCAUUACCAUUCUCCGGAGAGUGGCGAGAACUGGUUGCCUAGCGCAAGUUGCUCUUUAAACUGCAUUGAAAUUGACACCUUAGGGAGGCACUAAGAGCAUCUCUGGUACUUUUAGGCAGAGAGAUACCAUUGGUGGUGCUCCCAGUGUGCUCGUCUUGGUUGACUGUGUGUGUACACAUGCAGUACGCGUACUGCAAAAAGGGAUUUUAACAGGUCUGCAGGAGAGAGAGGCGGUAGGGAGAAUAAAGCCUGUUCCUUGCUGAACCAACAGGUGUGCAGGCCAAAGGCUCCGUUCAAAGGAGGAAUUGGAAGACGUGGGUCGAAGCAGGGCCAUGAGCAGUCCCAGUGCCAAGCCAACAUGCCUGUCGCAGCCGGUGGUGAAGAGCGUGAUGGUGUAUCGCAACGGAGAUCCGUUCUUCCCAGGGCGCCGAGUGAUCAUCCACGAGAAGAAGGUGUCCAGCUUUGAUGUCUUCCUAAAAGAAGUGACCGGUGGGGUGAAUGCUCCCUUUGGGGCUGUGCGGAAUAUCUACACCCCCCGCGGUGGCCACCGUGUCAGACAGCUAGAUGAGAUUCAGAGCGGAGAGCACUAUGUUGCCGGUGGCAGGGAGGCCUUCAAGAAACUCAAGUGAGUACAGUGGUACCUCGGGUUACAGACACUUCAGGUUACAGGCGCUUCAGGUUACACACUCCACUAACCUAGAAAUAGUACCUCCGGUUAAGAACUUUCCUUCAGGAUGAGAACAGAAAUCGUGCUCCGGCGGCGCGGUGGCAGCAGGAGGCCCCAUUAGCUAAAGUGGUACCUCAGGUUAAGAACAGUUUCAGGUUAAGAACGGACCUCCAGAAUGAAUUAAGUUCUUAACCUGAGGUACCAUUGUAAAAACAAACCAAAAUGGCAUGGAAACUUUAACUUUAUGUGAUCUUUUUAAAGGCACCAUCAAGGUGUCUCAAAAAUUAUUGACACGUCACCCCAUUUUGUCCAAGACGAUUCAUUGUCAAUGUAAGCACGUUUUGCAGCUUGAAAGGUCUUUCUGUUUCAUCUGCCUAGUCCCCUUAUCCCCUGUGCACAUUUCCUGCAAGGUGCUUCUAUCAUUUCAACAUGAAAUCUUUGUCCCUGAGGAGAAAAAAACAACAAUUGACAGAAAAAGCUUCAGUUGUUCAAACAUUAUUAACUUCAUCAAUGGACACAUGAGGCUAUUUUGUGGUAUUUGGUAAUCGUAUCUGACAUUUCUGUGUCUCGGGUUCUGUGUGUGCUUUGGUUCUGUUCCAGUAAAUGUGGAAUGCAGAGAAAUACAACCUAGUCCUGGGCAUGCUCAGACGUAAGUCCUGCUUUGUUUUAUAGGGCCUUCUCCCAGGUAAGCGUGUAUAGGAUUGCAGCCUUAAUGGUUAUGUUAAUGAAGCACAGGUAGUCUCUACUGAAAUAAUAAAACUUUGGAAUAUUCUUGGGUAAAUGCUGGUAAAGGAAUCAUUGGAGAUAUUUUUGUCACUCGGUGCUCUGCCUUUUAGCAUCGAGCCCCACACUUGCAGCUGCAUAAGCUUAGAACAAAUGGCUAAAUAUACAACUAAUUUGUGUGGCAGAAUGAAGCAUUUUAGCCAUAGAAUCGUGGAAUUGUAGAGUUGGAAGGGAUACAGCUUGUGUUAUUUUUCAGCAAUAAAGAAGAAUGAGUUUGCUGGCCAGUGUAAACUGAAGUGGGAUCUGUCGACUAGAUUUUCUUAAAAGUUGUAAUUAAGGACAUUGUAUAUAAUUGUUUUAAAAGUCAUUUUUAUGUGAAGAUAAAUAUAUGCAGGACGCAGAGUGUGUGUCAGUGCUUUGUAGAUGUACAAAGAGCUGCACCCCCAGAUGUACAGAGCUGUUCCUUUUCUUAGGCACAGUAGAAGUCAGGAACACUGGGUGGAUAUACCCACAGAGAAAAAACGUUAUAAAUAAGUCAGAAAUUAGAUCGUUAUAGCAAAAUAAAAAACCCCUAUGGAAAAAUGCGCCUAUAAAUUUCCUGCUCUCUGGCACCAUCUGGUGUUGCAUGAUUAUAGCACAUUCAAAUGGUUGUUUCUUUACUAAUGUAGCUGAGCCCUUAGCAACUUUUGAAAUUCCAGGAAUUCAGUGAGACAGUUUAAAAAAAGCUUUGCAUAAAAUUGUAUCCAUUUCCCAUUUGUCUUUAGCUGCUGGCAGGGCAUAUCAAUUAGUUACUAGGCAAUGCCAUUUUUAAAUACAGAGUCCUUUCAUGAAACCAAAAAGGGACGCGGGGGGCGCUGUGGUCUAAGCCACAGAGCCUAGGGCUUGCCGAUCAGAAGGUUGGCGGUUCGAAUCCCCACGACCGGGUGAGCUCCCGUUAUUCGGUCCCAGCUCCUGCCAACCUAGCAGUUCGAAAGCACGUCAAAGUGCAAGUAGAUAAAUAGUUACCGCCCUGGCGGGAAGGUAAACAGCAUUCCCGUGCACUGCUCUGGUUUCGCCAGAAGUGGCUUAGUCAUGCUGGCAACAUGACCUGAAAAAAACUGUCUGUGGACAAACAUCAGCUCCCUCGGCCAGUAAAGUGAGAUGAGUGCCACAACCCCAGAGUCGUUCGCAACUGGACUUAACUUUCAGGGGUCCUUUACCUUUACCAUUUUAUCAUGAAACCAUGCCUAUCAAAACGUAAGAAUUCCAACCAAUCUUUUCUGUGCCAUCAUUGCAGCCCUUAGACUAUAGAAUUCCUUAAUUUUGGGCAGGCUUCCUCAACCUCAGCCCUCCAGAUGUUUUUGGCCUACAACUCCCAUGACCCCUAGCUAGCAGGACCAGUGGUCAGGGAUGAUGGGAAUUGUAGUCUCAAAACAUCUGGAGGGCCAAGGUUGAGGAAGCCUGAUUUAGGGUACGGGUAAUCCCAUCUCUCUGUGUUACUGUGCCCUGUUCCUCUUUACUAAAAUAAUGUAGAACUUGCACCAUGGUUCAGUUAUUGUGAGCAGUGCCUGCUAGGGUCUCUUGGUUUUUCAGCUUCUUGAUUUCUCAUUUUCUUUACUAUUAUUAGCAAAACAUUCUAAUUUGCUCAGGCACAGAUAGUAAAGGGUUUCCUCCCUGUCUGCUGAUGAACACUAUUGGGAUUUAAAGGCAGUUUAUAUUAUCUGGGCUGCAAACGUAUAGCAUGCUUACUUUCUCAGGAAUAACCCCAUUAAACUCAGUUGGACUUACUUGGAGUAGAUGUGUAUAUGGUUGCACUUUGAAUGUUUUUGUUUAAUAAAUAUGCCUCACAUAUGAAUCAUUCCCCGCAUCUUGCACUCAUCUAACCACUAUCAGAUUGUGGGUCUUUUUGAAGCCAAAGUAGCAUCACCCAUGCACAAAAAGGAGAUACUCAGCAGGCCUGGGGCGUUCCCAAGAUUGGCAGAUGUAAAUGCACUCUCUCUGUGUGUAUUUGUAUAUUUGGUGGAGACCACCAAACAGUCCAACAAGGACUGUGCAUGCUUGGUGGACGUGAAAUGCCGACAGCCUAGGGUGGAGGGAGGUGAGAUGGAAUGGAGUUUCCUGUAAAAGGGUAUGGCUCUCUGGCUGGAACCCUGAACAUGAAGGCAUGCUCUGCACCACUGUAGGUUGCACUUGUACAUAACUAUAUUCCUUUUGUUGAUUUGCAGCUACUUGGACAUUGGAGAACUGAAGAAAAGGCCUAUGGAAAUAAGUAAUGAGGUAAAGUAAUUUAUACAUUAAAACAAACUAGGAUCAGUCUGUAUUAUACUUGAGUCUAGGGAAAUGAAAACAAAGCAAAGUUUUAUUGAAUCAGCUACAAUCCUGAAAUCACUUACCGGGUGGGUGGGUGGGUGUGUAUAUCAUUGAACGCAGUGGUGCUUGCUUUUGAGUAGACACUGCAAGAGCCACCCUAACAGCUUGAGAGAGACAGACAGCUCCACUCACUUAAAAUUUUAACACAACUGCUCUAGAUCUUUGCCCCAGACUUCCACUUGGUUUCUCUUAAAGAGGCAGUAACUUCUUAAUGAUCUGAUGAAGUGGAUUGCAGGCAAUGAAUUUGUCAUGUGCCACAAGACUCUUUGCAUUCGCAUGUAUUGAUAGCUGAUUGUCAGGGUUGGAGUCAGACGCAGGUCAGCAUGAAAGACUCAGGGCUCUGUUGUCAGGGAAGUUAACUCUUUAUUCAAGGAAACGUACAAUUCAGCAACCCUUUCCAGGAGGAUUGCCAGGACUGAAGGUCCCUGCCUUCCACCUUUUCUAAGGCUCCUCGUUUCCUGGAUGUUUCCCAAGCAGUCUCAAACUGUGGCUCCUCACCUCUGGCUUCUGUUCCACUCUCAUUAUCCUGCAUGAUAUUGGAGACUGGGGGGAGCAGAGCUUGUUGCAGAAGGGGUGGGAGACUCCUUGGAUUCUUCAGCGGCCUCUUUCCCUGCCCCCUGCUUUAGUCUCAGAAUCUGAACUGCUCUCUGCCACGAGCUCUUCCUGCUCACUAAACCCUGUUGCCCCACCAGCAUCCAUCCCCUCUUCUCAAUCUUCUCCCUCUGAUCUCUCCUCAGUGUCCCACCACCAAUCCCCUGGCUCUGAGCCUUCCUCCUCGGUGGUUUCCCUUCGGGGUUCCCAGCUGGUGCCGCCCACCACUUGUCUUCAUCCAGCAUUGUUAACAGACCCUAAUCAUGUUUCACAACUACAGGAAACAGAACAAAUGAAUUUUGCCUCUGGAAACCCCUGCAACUUGUAAUCCUGUAAUAUUUGGGAGCUCAGACCAUAAUUUUAGUUCAAAACUGUUAUUAGUGGCAACCAUUUUUUGGUGUGAUCUAUGAACUUUCUAGUUAGUUUAUGCUAACUCAGCAUCUAUUUUAAAGUUAAAAUCCAGUGUCUUCUGGAUUAUUUGUUUGUGUUUGUUUUUUCUUUGUUGCUGUGGAUCCCUUGUCUUAUUCGCGGAACCAAUUUCCCUGGAGUAAAAGACUGUAAAGAAGAGUGAAAGGCAGGCUGCACUAUUCAAACAGAAUUGUUACUAUAGUUCAUGGUCAUUUAACGCAGAAAUAAAAUAGGAAAUUAAUAUUUUACAGUGAUUAUUUCCUGCAAGUGAGACAGACUAAUUGUAUAGUAUCAGUAAUUCUAAUUCCACCAGCAUGUUCUGCUUAGUACAUGAACUAAACUUAUGUCAGUGAAAUCUCUGAAUGGAUUUCAUUGCUAGAGAGAGUACAGUUUUUGAUGGAGUAUGUAAUGUAGAAUGAAGAUGCAUGUUCAGAAACAGGGAAAUAAUAGCACCUAAACUACUCAUUUGUACGUGCCAUAAUAGGUUAAAAGGUAUAGGACCCUGGAAGGUUAAGUACAGUCAAAGGCGACUAUGGGGUGUGGCGCUCAUCUCACUUUAGGCCGAGGGAGCCGACAUUUGUCCACAGACAGCUUUCCGGGUCAUGUGGCCAGCAUGACUAAACCAAUUCUGGUGCAAUGGAACACCAUGAUGGAAGGUAGAGUGUAAGGAAAUGCCAUUUACCUUCCUGCUGCAGUGGUACCUAUUUAUCUACUUGCACUGGUGUGCUUUUGAACUGUUAGGUUGGCAGAAGCUGCGACAGAGCAACGGGAGCUCACCUUGUUGCGCGGAUUCAAACUGCCAACCUUCCAAUCAGCAAGUCCAAGAGGCUCAGUAGUUUAGACCACAGUGCCCAAGUUAACACACCCUUAACUUAGAUUUGUUUAGAGAAGAGGCUAAUUUGAGGCUCAAGUUAAAAGUGAGGAUAGUUUAAGUGCUCUUUCCUUACCAUUUUUAUUUUUGUGAAUAACAUGCACAUUGUCUUUGAUUUGUAGAGUUGAUUGCCUUUGCAGUUCAGCUCUUACAUUUUGCUUAUAUUUGGGAACCCUACUGGCUUUAAAUUAGGCAGGGAGGAAUUUUCGUUGACAUGUCUUUGGCUUGUGUUUUUUAAAACUAGGGUGUUUUUUAAAACUAAUCAUAUUUUGUAGUAAGUGACUUGGUUGACUUCUUUUAGUACUGUAAUCUGGAAGUAUCAGCCUUGCAGGCACCUUGUGAGUUUAUGAAAUCCAAAUAAUGUGGGUAGGAUCUGUGGUAGGAUUGUUUUAUCUUAAUCUGUCCGCAGCAGUUUGUUUCAAAUGACUUUUUGAUCGCUUUCAGCUGUCUGAGUCAUUGAACAUUUUCCUCAAUCUCUUCUCUUUUAUGUUGCAUUACAGUCUUUAACAUUCCUUCCUGGAAGUAGGUUCCAUUGAAAUCAAUGAUACCCCCCCCUCCAGGAUAAAUAUGUAGGAUUCAGGUAUAAAUUUCCAAGUCUUCUCUGAGAGAAUAAAGGGAGUGAUUUAAGAAAAAGAAUGUGAUGUGCCAAAUGGUACAAUGGUUUUUGUACUUGUGUGGUGAAUGUACAGUGGCACCUCAGAAUCCGUUCCAGAAGUCUGUUUGACUUCCAAAACGUUCAAAAACCAAGGCGUGUCUUCAGAUUGGCUGCAGGAAGUUCCUGCAGCCAACCGGAAGCCAUGGAAGCUGCGUCGGACAUUCGGGUUCCAAAGAACGUUCACAAACUGGAACACUCACUUCCGAGCUUGCGGUUUUCGGGAGCCAAAACAUUCGACUCGCAAGGCGUUCGCGAACCAAAACAACUGUAUUGAAUAUGUACAACCCUAGCAUUAUCUAAGCCUCACAUAUAUUUACUAAAGUGGUUAGAUGGAAGUGCAAUCCCGUGCAACUCAGAACUCACAAUUCUAUUCACCCACAUACCGUUUUGUUCCUUUUAAGGAAGCAAGAGAAGUAGAAUUCUUUAGCUGGGACUCUUUUUCUUGCAUUAAGUGGUAGCUAACGGAGGAAACAGGACUGGACAGCAAUAUCAAAUGAAUCUUCACUGAAUCAAGAUUUCCCCAUGCAGUAAUUUCAGUCAUUGCCAUUAGAUAAUGACAUGAAAAAAAUUCUAUUUGUUUUACUGUAUCUUUCAUUGCAAAGUACACUGUACGUUCAAUUUCCAUGAAAUACAUUUUCAGUAGUGUCUUAAGUCUUUUUAAUUUAGGCAGCAUUCCAAAACCCACUUUUAAGCCUCGUUGAACUCAGUGGGACUUCAGAGUAGGCGUGUAGAGGGUUGUCCUGGGAACAGCUUUUCUUUAAGAGGUUGAUGUAAAGAUCCAGAACAGGGAUCUCCUUUAUUUAUAGUGAAGUAAAUUAUGUGCUGACAACUUUACUAUCUAGGAUAAGUCAACAUUUCAGAAAUAAGAUUUGUUAAAAACAGUGAGGCUUGAUUUAUGAAGCAUUUGCGUUCUAUUAAAAGGGCAAUCCAUUAUGUUCUCUGGGAAUGUAGUAUUGUAGAAUAAAAAUGACUCGUACUUAAAAAGGAGAACCAAUAGCUUUAUUUCUUGCUGGUUGAGUGACCCGGCUGCUGAAGCACUGGAUUUAGCAUCUUAAAACUCUGGGAGAGCAUAGCUCUCCAAGUUGUUUGAUAGUUAGUAUCUUGGUAACCUAAUUAGCACAACACGCCAUACAAACACUGUUAUUCUUCUGAAAUGAAUACCUUGAGGAUUCAGUGCAACGUUGACCAGAAAGCCUGUGAAAACAAAGAUGAUGCUUCUGGUUUACACAUGUUUUGCUAAUUGCAACCGUGUCCUUCAGAAAGAUAAUGGCCAAACAUACUAAUGUUGGACCUGGAGGCUAAAUGUGGCCCUCCAGGCAUCUCUGUCUCACCCUUGGAACUCUCCCCAGGCCAUGUCCCACCAUAGCACUGCUCUACACCUGCCUCAGGUGUUUUUGCCUGGUGAGAAUAUGUCCAUCAACUGCAAUAAUGCCCCUAGCUUUCACGGAUGGUCAAGGGGUAUAGAAACAUGUGGCUUAUGUUGUUGGAAUGUAGGCUACUGUACAAAGGUAAAUAUGUAGCUCCACCCACUUUUUGCCCAUUGUUCCACCCACCACUGACCUGUGGGCUACGCAUGAGGAAAUGAAAAUGUUUCUUCAUGCCAAUCUGUGGUUAUACCAAUGAAUAUAGUCCAGUCCAGUCCCAACAAGAGGCAAUGCUGGUACAUGGAUGCUGGUACAGCUAACCCUUUUUACCCAACAUACCCCUAGGAUUUCUGCAAACUGGUUGCAGAGGUACACAUGUGCAGACAGAAGGAUCCUGCACUUUGUGCUAAUACAGCUCCCUAUGCAUGCUCAGAAGGAACAGGCUAUGGUUGUGACAGGGGAUGCGUGGAGAAGAAGCUCUGCCAGCAAGUGGCUUGGGGAAAGGAACUGGUGUUUCUGUGUAGUCUACUGAAUGUUUAUAUGCAUGUUUUGCAGAUAUCUGACAUUAAUUCCUAUGUUUGGCAAUAUGCUUGCUUAGACCUCCUCAUUUUCUGUAAUUUGUCCUUGUCAUUGUAACAAAAGAGUAGGCCAACAUCUCGCUCGCUCUCCCUCUCUCUAUGCAUAUAUGUAAAAACAAGAUGCAAAUGGGUGAGAAGAGGGGUUAACUCACAGAUCAGUCAGUGAAAUCUUGAUAAGAGAGACUAGAUUUCUUCUGUUAGUGAUGCAAAGCAUCCACAUACUUGGAGUAAGCUGUUACUGCUUUGGGGGGCAAUCUAAUCAUAUGCAAAGAACAGUGAUUUCAUAAAUCUGAAUAAGCUUUUCCUUUGUUCUAAAUAAAAACAUAUUUUUUUUUACACUCUCUGGUUUCUUUUCAUUUGCCUGAUAGCCUUUCAACCUGAUAGCAAGAGCAUGUAAUCAGACUUUUGGGUUCCCUUGACCUCAGUCUGUCCUAAGGGAAUGCAAAUAUUUAUACUCAGUUUACCAGGGAGGACUGAAUAUAAUAGACCAUUGUAUUGAACUGCCCUAGCUAACCAUGGUUCAUUAAAUGAGCUGAUCAACUUACUAUGUGCGGCUGCGACGAAAUCUUCAAAAUAUAAGGAGGUCCAGGUAGAAUGUGUUUAUGAAGAAUUAGAUUUGGAAAUUGAUGUUCCAUUUAGAUAUAUACGUCCUUAAUCCUGUAACAAAAAGAGGACGUUGAACAAAUUUGUCUCUAGACAUACUAUACAUCCAAGCUUGCUUUUUGUAAAGAGAUUGAACUGAAAUAUGAUACGACAAACAGUGUGAGCUAACAAUUUUAGGGGUGCAGAGCUCAAAUACAGUAAUGGUAGAUCAUCCAAAACAGAAAUUGCUUGAAUCUUAAGUACUCCUUACCAUUAAGCACGUCAGAUGAAGUAGGCUGUUACCUUUCAAAGCCUGACAAUUAUUUGCCUCAGUCUAUUUUAUUGAUUGCAUGUUUAUUUGUUAAUUUUAUAUCUUAUCUUUCCACCCAAAGGAACCCAGGGUGGCAAAAGCUAAUUGGUAUGGUAGUGGUGCACAGUAUUUGCAGCCUUCUCAUGUUUAUUUUUAAAACUAUAUACGUAAGUAUAAGCCAAAUCACCUCGUUGUGCUUCAUAUUAUCUUGCCCUCUGAGGUGAAGAGAUUACCCCAUUGGCCUUGGUGUAGCAUUAAUAGCUUUUUGAUGUCUCUGGAACUAGAAAUGCAAGCCAAAGCUACCUGUUAUGGUGGGGGGAGAAAUGAAGUGUGUGUGUCUGUGUGUAUUUAUGUGCGCAAUGAUCAAAAGAGAAAAUACAAAAAAGGUUAGAAAUAGUUUGCAUCUGAUCAGCAGACCAAGCUGAGGUGAAAUGCUUCUGAUUCUUGUGGGAAUUUAUGCUGCUUUAGGCAUGAGGUGGAGAGUGGAAUUCUGGAAAAUGAAAAUCAAUAUUGUUCCAUCAUGUCAACAUAAAAGCUUUAGUAGGGCUAGAAUGUCUUUUUCAACCCAACGGUCAUGCUGUAAUUUUAGUUUAGACUGGAACAUACAUAAAUUCUGUGAAAAGGUAUGGCAAAAUAGAACAGGGAAGUAAGGAGAGAUGGAGAAUAAAGAUAUUUACUGGGUUAAUAAAUAGUGAUAACUGACCAGUUUCCACGCAUAUAAAAGAACAGUGUGGCUAGUUUUAUAUCUGAUAAACAGAUAUUAUUUUAACCACAUCAGAUAGGUCACUACAUCCAUUCAUAUUAAAACAAUCUGCUUUAAAAAUAUGUUGAAAAUAAACAGAUGAUAAUGAGUGUAACAUGCUAAAUGUGUUAUUUUGUUUUUUGCCAACAGUUGGCACUGGAAGAUGUAAGUAUCCGUGUUGGAUUUUUAUUGACAAAUUGCUAAAUUGUCUAAACGUUUUUGAAUAAGGUUUAUCAUGGUAUAAGAAUGAAUGUUACAUACAAUGUCAUUGGGUGGUAUCUCACUUCAGACACAUUGAUUUCAGUGCAUAUACUCUGAAUAUUACAUAGUAGGACACUUGCCAUAAUAUAUAAUAGCUUUGAUCCACGUAUACGUUUGUAGUCUACUUCCUACUCCUGUGCAGCAACAGAGACUUUGCAUGUACAACCCCAGUAAAGCUGUUGGUAAAAGUAGUGAUUACUGGUUUGACAAGGGUGGAGGGACUGAAUUCAGCCUGCUUUUCCCCCUCCCAUCCUCUGAAAAAAUUGAUCUCUGGUGGUAUUGUGGCUAAACAGCUGCAGAUGGUUAUAGAAGCAAUUUUGUUGUAGGUUAUCACUUUGUUGUGAAUUUAGCAGUAGAUCUGAUUACCUAUUUAGGAUUGCCAAGGCCUCUGAGGCUCAGACCCUAAGACAGAGAGAGUGGAGCCUGGGCACUCAAGAGUAGUACCUCUUGGCACACAAAACAGAAGCCUAUAUGCAUCUUUUAGGUAUAUCUCACGCCUUAUUCUUUGUGUGAUCUCUAGUGGAUUUUUAUUGUCCUCUUCCCAACAUGUUAUCAAAAUAUAUUUAAUACACAUGCAAUGGUGUUUGUUUCUAAGUUGCUCCAUUCCACAGAAAUAGAGGGAGAAAUACUAGAGCAAGAAGAAUAUUCUUGGAAUGGGGUGGUUUAAAAUCAGACUGGAGGGGAAGGCGGGGGACUAGAUUGCCCAGUGGGCCCUGAGUCCUCAACUCAAGAUCUAACUUCUUUCCCUGAUGAGCCUGAGAAGGAGGCUGUUAUAUAUUCAGUGGUCUGUGUUUGCCUGAGUUUGAGUCUGGACUAAGGAUUCUGAGUCCCUGUGUUCUGAUUUGAUACAUGAUAUCCAGUCACAGAACAGUUCAGGAUUUGGGCCUCUGCCAUUGGCCCUUAAACUAUGACUUAUGAUUCGCAGCUUGGAAGUUUAGACAGCCAAUCAUGUUGAGAGUGGGAGUGGUCCAGGCCUCCAGAAAUGUAUACAGUGGUACCUCGGGUUACAUAUGCUUCAGGUCACAUAUGCUUCAGGUUACAGACUCCGCUAACCCAGAAAUAUUACCUCGGGUUAAGAACUUUGCUUCAGGAUGAGAACAGAAAUCGUGCUCUGGCGGCGCGGCAGCAGUGGGAGGCCCCAUUAGCUUUAGUGGUCCUUCAGGUUAGGAACAGUUUCAGGUUAAGAACGGACCUCUGGAACGAAUUAAGUUCUUAACCCGAGGUACCACUGUACAGUAUAAGCAGUUGCUUUGCCCCUGUUGUCCAGUUCCGUAGUUCAAUAAAGGUUCUUGCUGUUAUCACUGUGUCUUGCCAAACAAAACUUUGAGGUAGAACAUGAUGUCUAGAUGAAACCCUCCACCCCUAUUCUCCCCCUCUCAUAGGUAGUGAGCAUGCUUAGAUCUCAUUGGGGUUUUGUAUGCUCUCUUAGGUUUUCUUUUCUAUUUAAAAAGGGUGUUCUUUUUCUACUGUAAACUUUAGGGUUCACCAUGAGCAUGGUGAUAACUCCUUCUUGUUCCUCAGUGGUUCCAUUUUGGCUGCAAUUCUCACCAACUGAACUUGCUAUUUGGAGGAGUGAUGAACCACCCUCCUACAUAUCCAAGUGCCCAGAGUGAUGUAGGAAAAAAAUCUACUUUUACUAGUUAGAAAACAUUUAAGAAAAGAUUCUUCCAUUCUCUAGGAACUUGGAAUUUACUUUACAGUACUAAUAUUCUGUGGGGGUGUGAUCCUUAGUAAGUAUGGUUAGAGUUGCAAGCUUCAGUAAGUUUAGGCUGGAACAUACUUUUGUAAAACAUACAUAGGAUCAUCAUAUUAAUCAUGAUAUUAAUGAUAUUAAUCAAGUGUUUCAGUGACCGAUAGGAAGAGACUUGUUUCAACUGGCAAGGGCAAAUUUUAAUUUGUGAUACUGAAAAUAAAGCACACACACAUAUAUUGACCCUCCAUGUCAAUUGUAAUAUGGAAUGAAAAAGAAGUAAGUGAGGAUGACUCUACAGACACUGAAUGAUAUUGACAAUGUCUGCAUUAACAACAUGAUCCUGUCUACUUAGAAAUAAGUCCUCUUGAUUCAGUGUGACUUGUCCAGGUAAAGGGAUAUGACAGAUGGAGAAGCUUCAGCUCACAGGUUAAUCUUGGCCUGUUGGGGGAGUCCAGUAUGGUCCGCAAGCCCAUUUUUCCAAAAUCAUGCCCACUUGUCAGCUAAUGUCACUGAGUGAUGUCAGCUGCUGGGCAGUGUUUUUCCUCAAUCCUGCUGGGAUCUGCUUCACACGCUAGUGAAAUGGCUCCCUGACGAGAGCAGGACUGAAGUCUUUUCUCAUCAGCUGAUGAGCAGAGAGAUCAAUUUCGGCAUGCCGCUUUGCCAGCACAUUACCUAUAGGAAAUGCACGGGCAGAACAGAACCCCUCCUCCCAUCCCAUGGCGCAGGACAGGUGGGCAGGGCCCCCCACCUAGCAUUCGCCUUGAGUCAUCAUGUGGUCAGGUGAUUGACAGGUGGUCACUCUGCCCACCUGUCAGUUGGCUCAAGGGGUGCGGGAGCAUAAAGGUUCCCUGCUCCCGAUUGCCACCUAAAUUGUAAAUUAUUUUGCAUGCCCUUCAGUAUUUCGAAAGGUUGCCUUUACUGAAGCUUUGGUAAUUUGAAAAUGUGUUUUUGAGGCAUCAGAUCAAGGCCUGCAUUUUAAAAUGAGCUUAAAAAAUAUAUUUGCAAAUGUUUGUAUGUCUCAUGCCAGGCAUAAAGCAGCUGGCUAAGUACUUUGGCAGAUGUUUAUCUCCUUGAACAGCCCCCCCCCCCGAUUUAUAACAGGAGACACGUUUCUUAAAGUUGUAAAAGGAAAUUACAGGCUGGGAGCAAAAGGUCAUAUUGACCAUACAAAUUACAGAAUACAAUCAAGCUGCAAAAACACAAUUAAGAGUUGGUAAAUAGUAAAAUUUAUUGUUUAACAGAAAAUAAUCCCAUGUGCCUCCCAUCAGACUCGAGCCACAUCUUCCUAAGGUUAAAGGGCAAGAGCUAAUAGAAACAGCAGCUGGCUUGAAAGGGGGGUGUAAAUUUAAGGGGUUGCUUUUGGAAACUGUUUUUACUAAGUUCCUUUCCUUCUAAAAAUCUAUCUAUGUUAUGUAUGAAAUAUAUUGGCUUAAAUGUAAUUAUGCAAAGGAUUUAGAAAGUAAGAAAUGUUAGAUUCUUAUGUUAGAUUCUUAUUUCAUUGAUGGUGUGUGAGAAGGUGAACCCAAGAUCUCUGUUUAAGAUAAAAAUUAAAACCAUUAGCCAUCUGUUUUGGAGUGAAUAGGGCAAUAGGGCAAAGAUGAUCUGAUAAUUAAGGUGCCUUGUCGAGGCAAAUGUAAGAUAUAUGGCUACUUGUCUGCCAUUUAUGGAUAGAAGGAAAUAUAGCUCUUUGUCUCCCAUAAAAGGUAAUAGGAAAUGGGUGUAUCUUUUAUGAUUGGUUCUAGCAAACAGCCAAUAGGAAUUUCAACCAGGCUGAUUGGACAGAGGCAGCCAAAGGAGGAGCAAGGGGGCUGGGCUGAGGAAAUAUAAGUGCUGGCCAUCAGGGCUGGAGUGGGCAGAGCUUUGGUAUCCAUAUACCACUGUGUCUCUCAUUUAUUUGUCUGACAAAUAAAUUAUUAUUUUAAUUUCUCUAUUGCUGCGUUGAAUAUUUCAUUCCAGCUAAGCGUUAACCACAAGCAGGGUGCUACAUUUUAUUUUUAAUUGUUUAAUUUACUGAUCAGUAAAAAGGCAGGUGAUUCUAAAAGUUAUUUAAGUAGUUGGCAGCUCUAAAAGUGGCGUGUCCAGCAAAGUUAUGUCUUUUGCUCAGUGGCUCCCUUACCAUUUUUGCUGACGUCUCCUGUUCCACCAACAUACCAAGUUCAGGAGACGGUGGUAACUCAUCACUUUUGGCCUGCACUGCACUUAAUGCAGCAAACCAAGGUCAACUCAGAGCACAAGCUUCCCAUCUCUUUAUUGUCGCUACUGUUUUCAUUCAGAUAAACUGGUGCAGUCUUGUUGUGCUGUAGGGAAAGUGAGACAGUUUUAUUUUCUAAAAUUAAUUUCCUUGCUAUUAGACCUAACUUAUACUUUCGUGGUAGAAUGGAGACAAGUCAAAUGUUUGCCCCUUUCCUGCAUAUAUGCACUCAUAGUGGUUUACAACUAAUCACCUUUUGCGGGUAAGAAUGUGAUUCCCAGUCAAUCACUUCCCUGCUCUCCUCCCAAUGGAAGAUUAUUUGGACUAUUAGAAUUGACAUUAGUUACAUGGCUCCAGGCCUUUGCUUAUCAAGGUAAAUGGGAACGUGGUGGAAGGGAAUUUAGGAAGUGGAAGGGAGGAUCAGUGAUGAGAAGGAAGCAUACUUAACCCCCACCCCCUUCUACCCAACUAUCCAUAGCAAAAUCCUUCCUCCCUGAGACAAUUCCUUCUUGGCUUAGCUUUCAAAUUCAGACCCUGGAGGGCAACAUUAGUAAUAGAAAAUUGAUGGAUAGGACUAAAGGAUGUGGGGGUCAAACCUCCUUUCCCUUCUGCUGAUUUCUCCCUGCAAAUGCUGCCCAUACAGUGGUACCUCGGGUUACAGAUGCUUCAGGUUACAGACACUUCAGGUUACAGACUCUGCUAACCCAGAAAAGUACCUUGGGUUAAGAACUUUGCUUCAGGAUGAGAACAUAAAUCACGUGGCGGUGGCACGGCAGCAGUGGGAGGCCCUAUUAGCUAAAGUGGUAUCUCAGGUUUCAGGUUAAGAACAGUUUCAGGUUAAGAAUGGACCUCCAGAACGAAUUAAGUUCUUAACCCGAGGUACCACUGUAUUAGCAUUAUGAAGGAAAUACUGAGUUUGGCACUCAACGUUUCUCACAUAAUUUCUGGUUUAGAUCUCCUGACAGAUCCUUAACAUGUGUGUCACCUGCUGUGAGGAUCUCCUGAUCACAGCCAGUCUGCUUAAAGCAAUCUAGGAACCAAGAGUCCUGUUUCUUAAAUUAAAUUACUACAUUUAAAUCCCAUUGAUUUGCAAGCUGUUGUGUUGAAGUUUGAGCCUGUGCAGCUGAGGUAAAUAGAGCCUGUCCAACUGAGUCUAUCCAGCUGAGUAACUUUGGAUUAUUGAUAUCAUUUGAAGCAUGCUAAGGAUCUGUCUACUAAGCAGGUGAUUAAAGGCUGCGGUGAUGUGAGAUCCUUAACAUAAUUACAGAUUCCACGUUGGUUAAUAUAUUACUUUGUGGUUCCUGAGGGGAUCGUAUUCCAGACAAUGCUGUAUUGUGGUGAUUUGUAAAUAAAUAUAUGAGCAGCUGAACUCUAAACCUGAAACUGGAACUUAGGGCGUGUGUGCAAUGGAGCCUCCAGUUCAGUAUAUUACCACACAGGUAGAAUUGUGGGAGGCAAUGCCACUGGACCAUGGUCUUCAAGUGUUAAACCUUUAAAAAACUAUAUUUACUGUGCAACCUGAACCGAUGGCAGUUUGCAGAUCAUUGGACAUCAGCAUGGAGGUCAUAUGACUAGUGAGCUUGCCAUAGUUCAUCUGAGAAACACCAUUCACUGAUCAGCUAUCAUAGCUCAUGGCCAAAAUAUCACAUUACACAGUUAUAUCAUUCCCCGCAUACCAUUUUUUUAAAGGAAAAACAAUCAAAAGAAGCUGGAUUCUUGAGGACAGGUGGGGAGAAGGGGCUGUUUGACCAUUUGCCUGCCAUCCAUUUUUCUGCUCAAAAUCUCCUCCAUUGCAAUUCCACUCAUGGGUGGGAGAAGAAACUGGUUCCAGUGUUUUCCAACCCUGUGGGGAAAAGGAGCAAAGAGUGAGCAAUUUGGAACAGGGUCAGCAGCCCAGCAGGGUCAAGCCUCUUUAUUACCCUGCCCUACUGAUCCUCCAAGCCUCCACCCCCAUUGUUCAGGCCGGACACUGAGGUCCAGCUCCAAUGGCCUUCUGGCAGUUUCCUCACUGCAAGAAGUGAGGUUACAGUGAACCAGGCAGAGGGCCUUCUUGGUAGUGGCGCCUGCCCUGUGUAACACCAUCCCAUCAGAUGUCAAGAAAAUCUACAACUAUAUGACUUUUAGAAGACAUCUGAAGGCAGCCUUGUAUCGGGAUAUUUUUAAGGGCCAAUGUUUUACCAUUUUUUAUGUGUUGUAAGCCGCCCAGAGUGGCUGGGGAAACCCAGCCAGAUGGGCGGGGUAUAAAUAAUAAAAUUAUUACAGUGGUACCUCAGGUUACAUACGCUUCAGGUUACAUACGCUUCAGGUUACAGACUCCGCUAACUCAGAAAUAGUACUUCGGAUUAAGAACCUUGCUUCAGGAUGAGAACAGAAAUCGUGCUCCGGCGGCGCAGCAGCAGCAGGAGGCCCCAUUAGCUAAAGUGGUGCUUCAGGUUAAGAACAGUUUCAGGUUAAGAACGGACCUCCGGAACGAAUUAAGUACUUAACCCGAGGUACCACUGUAUUAUUAUUCAAGUCUGCAGUCUUUUGUUUGUGCUUUUCCUGAAAACAAAAAUGUUCAGGAAAAGAGUAAUCCAACCACAAGUGUUUUACAGGCUGUCCCUCAGUUGAUUGUUUUGCCUGUGAAUAAUUCAACCAUUAGUGGGGCAGAAGAGCGCAUUCUGCAUCCCCACACUGAACUCAAAGCACUUCCUUUCCUCUUCUGAAAUGGCACAGGAGAAAUUCCCAUGUGCUUAUCAGAGUAGGCAUCAGAUCUCCCAGCCUCAAUAAAAUGCAAACAGUAUGUAGCUACAGGCAGUGCAGGAGGCCUAAAUAUGUGAAUCUGUCUGUCUCUACGAGAAAACACAUACAAGAUGCAGGCUUAGGGAACUUACUGCAGUAUCUGCUAUAAGCAAACAUAUAUUUGGUAUUUGGUAUAAUCAGAUGGACCAAAUGGAGCAAACAGCACCCAAACCUAGUGGUGGGAGGAAAAAAUCCUUAAAUAAGAGACACGGGGGAAUGAUUAAUGGACUUCAAUGUCUGUACACUAAUGCGCAAAGCAUGGGAAAUAAACAAGAUGAGCUUGAGCUCUUGGUACAGCAAACUAAAUAUGACAUAAUAGGCAUCACUGAAACCUGGUGGGAUAAGUCCCACGAUUGGAAUGUAAUAAUGGAGGGAUACAAUCUAUUUCAGAGAAACAGACCAGACAAGAAACGAGGAGGAGUGGCGUUAUAUGUCAGGGAUGUGUAUACCUGUGAAGAGAUCCAAGAUUUAGAACCUCAAAGCCAAAGUGAGAGCAUUUGGGUCAAAAUUAAGGGAGAAAAGAAUAACAGUGACCUCAUUGUGGGAGUUUACUAUAGAUCCCCAAGCCAAACGGAGGACAUAGAUGAUGCCUUCCUGGAACAGAUGGCCAAGCAUGCAAAAGGAAGGGAGAUAGUAGUAAUGGGGGACUUCAAUUACCUGGAUAUUUGUUGGAUGUCAAACUCAGCCAAGAGCAUAAGGUCAAACAGAUUCCUCACUGGCCUUGCAGACAACUUCAUUGUCCAGAAAGUGGGAGAAGCAACAAGAGGAACAGCCAUUUUAGAUCUGGUCCUAACCAGUGUUGAUGACCUGGUUAGUGGGGUAGAAGUGGAAGGAUCAUUAGGCACGAGUGAUCAUGCUCUUCUGAAGUUUACUAUACAGCGGAAAGGAGCAGCCAAGCAUACUAGGACUCAAUUUCUUGACUUUAAGAGAGCUGACUUCAUAAAACUUAGGGAAGUGCUGGGUGAGAUCCCAUGGACAGUAAUACUAAAAGGAAAGGGAGUUCAUGAUGGCUGGGAGUUUGUUAAGAGGGAGAUAGUAAAAGCACAACUUCAGGCAAUACCAAUGAGAUGGAAACAUGGAAGGUGCCUAAAGAAGCCAGGGUGGCUAUCUAAAGAACUUUUAACUGAGUUAAGAUGAAAAGGAUGUGUACAAAAAAUGGAAAAGGGGAAACCACCAAAGAGGAAUUCAAACAAAUAGCCAGCACAUGUAGACACAAAGUCAGAAAAGCUAAAGCACAGAAUGAACUCAGGCUUACUAGAGAGGUUAAAAGCAACAAAAAAGGCUUUUAUGGGUAUGUUCGUAGCAAAAGGAAGAACAAAGAAACGGAGGAGAAGAUGGUGAAAUGCAAACAGGGAACACAGAAAGGACUGAACUCCUCAAUGCCUUCUUUGCCUCAGUCUUCUCCGAUAAAGAAAACAAUGCCCGACCUGAAGAAUUUGGAGCAAAUGAUUCAGCAGAGGAAACACAGCCCAGAAUAACAAAGGAGAUAGUACAAGAAUACUUGGCUAGUUUAGAUGUAUUCAAGUCUCCAGGGCCAGAUGAACUGCAUCCAAGAGUAUUAAAAGAACUGGCAGAUGUGAUCUCAGAACCACUGGCAGUCAUCUUUGAGAAUUCCUGGAGAACAGGCGAAGUCCCGGCAGACUGGAGGAGGGCAAAUGUUGUCCCUAUUUUCAAAAAGGGGAAAAGAGAGGACCCAAAUAAUUACCGCCCAGUCAGUCUGACAUCAAUACCAGGGAAGAUUCUGGAGCAGAUCAUUAAGCAAACAGUCUGUGAGCACCUACAAAGGAAUGCUGUGAUCACCAAUAGUCAGCAUGGAUUUCUGAAAAAUAAGUCAUGUCAGACUAACCUGAUCUCGUUUUUGACAGAAUUACAAGCCUGGUAGAUGAAGGGAACGCAGUGGAUGUAGCCUACCUUGAUUUCAGCAAGGCAUUUGACAAGGUGCCCCAUGAUAUUCUUGUAAAGAAGCUGGUAAAAUGCAGUCUUGACUAUGCUACCACUCAGUGGAUUUGUAACUGGCUGACUGACCGAACCCAAAGGGUGCUCAUCAAUGGUUCCUCUUCAUCCUGGAGAAGAGUGACUAGUGGGGUGCCACAGGGUUCUGUCUUGGGCCCGGUCUUAUUCAACAUCUUUAUCAACGACUUGGAUGAUGGACUCAAGGGCAUCCUGAUCAAAUUUGCAGAUGACACCAAACUGGGAGGGGUGGCUAACACCCCAGAGGACAGGAUCACACUUCAAAACGACCUUGACAGAUUAGAGAACUGGGCCAAAACAAACAAGAUGAAUUUUAACAGGGAGAAAUGUAAAGUAUUGCACUUGGGCAAACAAAAUGAGAGGCACAAAUACAAGAUGGGUGACACCUGGCUUGAGAGCAGUACAUGUGAAAAGGAUCUAGGAGUCUUGGUUGACCACAAACUUGACAUGAGCCAACAGUGUGAUGCGGCAGCUAAAAAAGCCAAUGCAAUUCUGGGCUGCAUCAAUAGGAGUAUAGCAUCUAGAUCAAGGGAAGUAAUAGUGCCACUGUAUUCUGCUCUGGUCAGACCUCACCUGGAGUACUGUGUCUAGUUCUGGGCACCACAGUUCAAGAAGGACACUGACAAACUGGAACGUGUCCAGAAGAGGGCAACCAAAAUGGUCAAAGGCCUGGAAACGAUGCCUUAUGAGGAACGGCUAAGGGAGCUGGGCAUGUUUAGCCUGGAGAAGAGGAGGUUAAGGGGUGAUAUGAUAGCCAUGUUCAAAUAUAUAAAAGGAUGUCACAUAGAGGAGGGAGAAAGGUUGUUUUCUGCUGCUCCAGAGAAGCGGACACGGAGCAAUGGAUCCAAACUACAAGAAAGAAGAUUCCACCUAAACAUUAGGAAGAACUUCCUGACAGUAAGAGCUGUUCGACAGUGGAAUUUGCUGCCAAGAAGUGUGGUGGAGUCUCCUUCUUUGGAGGUCUUUAAGCAGAGGCUUGACAACCAUAUGUCAGGAGUGCUCUGAUGGUGUUUCCUGCUUGGCAGGGGGUUGGACUCGAUGGCUCUUGUGGUCUCUUCCAACUCUAUGAUUCUAUGAUUCUAUGAAAUCUGUGAAAACAAAGCUCUUUUUGUAACCAAAAUGACAAAUGUCUAAGCAAAUGUUUACGUAAUCAGGAAAGCUGCAGAGUUAGCUGAAUAUUGUUUUCAUUAGGGUUAAUCAAUGGCUCUUUUCAGAUGAACCGAUGAAUGCUGUCCUUGCUCCUGAACCGAUUUAUCCAUCUGAUUUUCUAAACAAAGCCUAUGAGAGUAUAACUUGUAUGGCUUUGAUAAAAAAGAUCCAAUGAAUGAACUGAGACUGGGAAUGGGGUCAGUUGCUGUGAGCUCUUCCUUCCCUCUAAGGUGUUCACUGGUUGUAUGAAAAGGGAUAAUCAUAGUGUAUAUGAACUUUUGUUUAAAGUUUUGUUUUUAAGAAAAUAGAUUUUUCUGAGAGAAGUUCGUUGCUUUACUCUUACACUUGAAAAUAUGUAUGGGCAUAUUUCACCCCUAAUCUCUUUAAUUCUCAGAAAAUGGAUUUUUUUACCUGAUCGCAGUGUAAACUCCAGAAUCAUGGAAUGAGCUCAUAUCCAACUAAUGCCUACUCUGAGUUGUUGUUGUUUAGUCGUGUCUGACUCUUCGUGACCCCCUGGACCAGAGCACGCCCGGCACUCCUGUCUUCCAUUGCCUCCCGCAGUUUGGUCGAACUCAUGCUGGUAGCUUCGAGAACACUGUCCAACCAUCUCAUCCUCUGUCGUCCCCUUCUCCUUGUGCCCUCCAUCUUUCCCAACAUCAGGGUUUUCCAGGAGUCUUCUCUUCUCAAGAGGUGGCCAAAGUAUUGGAGCCUCAGCUUCACGAUCUGUCCUUCCAGUGAACACUCAGGGCUGAUUUCCUUCAGAAUGGAUAGGUUUGAUCUUCUUGCAGUCCAUGAGACUCUCAGGAGUCUCCUCCAGCACCAUAAUUCAAAAGCAUCAAUUCUUCGGCGAUCAGCCUUCUUUAUGGUCUAGCUCUCACUUCCAUACAUCACUACUGGGAAAACCAUAGCUUUAACUAUACAGACCUUUGUUGGCAAGGUGAUGUCUCUGCUCUACUCUGAGUAAACCAACUGAAAUCAGUGGACUUAUUUGUGUCUCUUGAUUUCAGUAGGUCCUGAUUUUUUUUAAAAUGGUAAUGUGCUCGUUUUUCCUGUUGUUUGAUAGUUGUGUUUCAGGGGUGGGUUUUUUUGUCUGUAUAAUGAUGUGCAUUCCAUUGUAACACACUUAACAAAUCGGCAUAAUUUGUAAUUAUUCUCAAAAGAAAAAAUAACAUGCCUUGGUCACACCAUGCACUCCCAAAUGAUUGGCUUAUUUUAGAAUGGAACUGUUUUGUUUUCCAGACGCACCAAAGGAGUGCAAAAAUACUAAUGACUCUUUGAUUAGAGGCUCAUUUAAAACUCAGAUUGCUGCAACAUCUAUAUUUGGAAGAUAUACACCACUUCACAUAUUUUUUAUGACCUCCCCACAUCAUUGCGAGGGUGGAUCAUUUCCACAAGGACUCAAGAAGGAAACGUACUCUAUAGCAUAGUAUCCUGUCGAGAAGCUUUGAUAGGUUUCAUCAGCUUGAGGAAACUAAUUAAUUGCACACUUCUGGGAAUCUUUUCAAUGGCUUGUUCUUUAUGAUUAGUGAGUCUUUCUUUAGCUCUGCAAUGUUAGAAGGCAAUCAUCCUCUGAAGUCACAUACAAAACACCAUCUAGAAAAAGAUUUGAUUUCCCACUGGUUAGAUGUGCCAGGCUGCCCCAUUAGCAGUCCAAAUUCUGUAAUAGUUUGCCUGAAACUUUUACUGGGGUAAGUGCGUAGUUCUGAGUGUAUUUUAACUGCAGGUGUAGCUUAUUGGGUUUCAGUAUGAGAGUUGAGUGCAAGGAUAUGUCAUCCUGGAAGUUUUGAAAGGGCUCAGAAGUGCAUUUGAAUACUGUAUAUGUGUAGAAGCACUGAUGCUGUGUGGGUUUCUUUUCUGAAGGGUGGGAUAUAAAUUGAAAUAAUAGUUAAUAAAUCAUCAUUGGAAUCCAUUACUGUCUAGAGAAGUACUUCUACACUUAGUCCUUGUGACCCACUAUGUAGAGCAAAAGCUCUAGCAGUUCCUGAAAAGCUAGGGAGCUGAAAAAUAUUGCUAGUUUUUAGAACACUUUCUAAGGAAAUCUCUCCCUCUCCCUGGAACAUCAUGCUUCCAGUUCAUGGUUCCUCUCUAAUUCAAGAAUUAAAGUUGCUUAUUUUUUUGUGGUGGGUGGAAAAAUAGCCUGUUACAUAGGUGGCAACUCCCUGGGGACCUGAGUGACCCAGCACCCACAAAAAUCCCCAUGAGGAGGCUGGGCACCCACAAAUUUCGGUGCCAGUGCCAUGCACACUCCAUGGCACCCAUGGCCCCGGGCAUCCAUGGUCGUGGGGCCAAGUUGGCACUUCUGGCCUGCUACCAACCAUGCCUGCCACUCCCCUGAGAUGGCCAUUUUGGGGGGGCUUUUGCUGGCGUAGGGGUUUUGGUUCAGCCAGCUGAGGCCGGGAAGAUGGGAUUAUGGUGAUGUAUCUCCAGCUCAGACAGGAUCUGAUGCUUAUUCCAGAGAUCCACCAUUUUCCAACUCUCUUGUCCCUGUGGAUUUUGGGGUUGGAUUGUCCCCUAACACAGGAAAUCUUUAAACAUGGCACAGAAAGGAGGGAAGGGGUGCAUGUGGACAAUGCCCACAGGCACAAGCCUCAUGUAUAUAUAGGAUUAAUAGGCUCAGAUAUGUUCUGCUGAACUAGGUUUGGACUGCUUUUACAGAGUAUUAUGUCUAAACCAAUACUUUGCCUCAUUUAGACAUGAGGAGCUGUUAAGGUGGAUAUAGCUUGAUAGCCUCCUGGCUGGUAUCAAAUGGGAGAUAGAUUUCUUUCCAAGCCGCUGAACAUGGACUAUGAGAAACAGCUAAGAAAUUAGCAGAUCUGACACUGGGAGGCCAAAUUUCCUGUGACUCAGCAACACCACUUGCAAAUCGGUAGGCACUAAUUAACUUUUGAAGUUCAGGAAAGUCGUGGCUAGAAAUAACACAGCUACGAUGAAGAAGAAAAACUAAGGAUUUUGAUGAGAAAGUGGAAAGCACAAUGUCAACAAAAGCAGAAAUAAAACAUGACUACAAAUCAGAGUGGUAUGCAAUAUGCUUAAGGUUCUGUUAGAAAAUUGGUCCUGGGAAGAAUAAGGUGAGAUUUUAAAUAGAUGUCAUAAUGACAAGUUGAGACAGAAUCAGUUGCUGAUUUAUUUAUUUUUUAAAUCUUUCAGGUGAAGCCAGUUUCCCAUAGCAGAAUCAAUGUGUCUGCACGGUUUAGAAAGCCUCUUCAGGAGCCUUGCACUGUUUUGUAAGUUGGGUUUUCUGAUAGGCAGUUUGAGCAUCAUUAUUUUGAAGAACAUCCAACUGAUUGCAACUUUUCAUGUCCUCUUCUUAGCCUGAUUGCUAAUGGUGACCUCAUAAGCCCGGCCGUGCGUCUUUUCAUCCCCAGAAGAGCACUGAAUCAAUGGGAUCAUGUUCUUGAAAUGGUUACUGAAAAGGUUACACUCAGAAGUGGCGCUGUGCACAGGUAAGAUGAAAUGGCACGUUGUCAAUGUGACCACAGUUUCAGGUUUUUGCUAGCAAAGUGCAGCUGAGCAGGACCAAGUUCUAGGGGGGGAAAGUGCUCUAAUGUUGUACAUAUACAUAAUAAACUGGGUUUUCAGCCCUUUUGCUACUAGGUAGAAGCUGCCAGCAGAUGCAUGAACUAUUUGCUCGGUUGAUGCUCUGCAGUGGCACCUGAAAGUGGUAUUGGCUGCCUUGCAUCGGCUGCAACUGGCUGAUAGUGUCUUGCCAUAUAGGCAGCCUGGGAAAUCCUUAGGUUUCCACUCCGUAAUUUCUCCUCACCACAAUCUCCAGACUAUUUUAAAAUAAACAUUACUGUGUGCCUGAGCACACCUGGGUCACCCCAUGUACACGACUAUGAUAAUGGUUCAGGUAACUAUAGGACAGUGCUUGGGGGGAAAAUUGCAUUGGCUUAGAUCUUCCCUGUGGCCAAACCAUUCUAGGACUUCUCAUCUUUGCUUGAACACCUUUCUUCAUUCCCUUGUUCACAGUAAGUCAAAAGCCACCUUCAGACAUUCAGAGUGAAGAGGGCAGCAGAGGCACACUGCCCCGUCCCAAACAUUUCUGCCCCAUGUGAGUCACCUUGACUUCCUAUGUUCAGUGUGAAGGUCUGAAGGGAACACAGAAGUCUCCAAGUGACCAGGAACCCUAGGUUCAUACAAACAUGCUUAGAAACCCCUUUUAGAGAUCUUCCCACUCAAUAUGGAAAGGUUGGGGCAGCACUUGAAAGACAGGGAUGGUGUGCAUCUGGAUUGGGGGUUUCCAGUUCUGCUUUGAAAGCAAACUGGUCCAGAUCCAGAAGAGAGCUUUUGUUUGGGAAAACCCAAAAGGUAAAGCAUGUUACCUUGAGAGGCAUUUGUACAGCACACUGUGUUUCUUCCCUUUUGCUUUUUCCAUGUUUCCUGUAAAUCCAGUUUUUGCAUUUGAUUUCUUAAAACGUUAGAGGACACAUUGAGCUAGCUAGUACGAUUUAUCAUUGCUUGUUUAAUAAUUAACAAAUUAGCUAUUGUGACUUGUGGUAGCUGAACUAUCAUUAGCUUAGCUUCCAGUAAAGGCCAUUGAUUCUGAAAAACAUAAAAACUCUUCAUUAAAGAAAUGGAUGCAACGUUUAGAGGGUUCAGUACAGCCAAGACCGAUCUGAACAUUAGUGUGGGCUUUUUCCUCAAUUACACACAUCAGUAGCCAUACAAAUGGCACGGCUUGUGCAUUACAUUUCAGUUGUGGACAAUGGGGGCACUUACUUGACCUCCCGACAGCUGUGCUGCUGUUGUUUACUGAGAGGGGUAAGGUGGUGGGAAGUUGGCAUUGCAAAUGUACCAGUAGGAGUGCUGGAUUGGCCCUGCUAGUAUAUUCCCAUGUUGCCACACUCCCCCUUGCCUUGCUCCUCCCACUUCCCUUCCAGGAAGCAGCAAUGACCCUCCUGCCAGGAGGUCAGGUUAGUGCCACUGCCCCACCACACUGUCUGAUGAUGCAACAUUUCUGGUGUCUCAGAGAGGUUAAUGGGCAGGCAAACCCUGUAUAGUGUUGUAAACAAAAUCUGCCCUUCUACCCAUAUGGGGUAUCCAAGAGCCCAUAUAGAGUCCUACGUAGGUUCCCUAUUGGUAGGAGAAAAUAACAGAGGCCAACCAGAAAAUAUUGAGAAGCAAAGCAGCUAGUAAGCCUGAUCUUUAUUGAUCUGUUGCAACAGGGUCCUCACUCACCACACGCAGGAGGGAGGAGGAACCCCGAACAAUGGCGCGCAAGGCCUUAUAUAGACAUUUUAAAUUCCCUGCCCUGGAGCUCAAGACCACCCCUCUAUACAUCAUACAUACAUCACAGAAGGGGUGUAACCUAAGACCACCCCCCAGAUACAUCAUAUCUACAUCACAGCAAAGGCGGUCUAAAACAGAAAUUUGAAUGUUGUUUUUCUGUCCUUGUUUAUCUCCUGUCUGGCAGGUUACUUGAUUGGAUUGCAUGGGGAGCCUGACCAGUCUUUUGUAAUGAUAAAUUCUUAGUUCCUGGGCCAGGUCACAGGCUCACACCCUAUUCAUAUCUUAAAUGUGCCCUUAAGACAGGAUUUGUGAGGAAAGUGACAAUGGGGAGGUUUGACCUUGCAGAGAAAACAUUUGCUCAGUUUGGGAAUCAAAAUGGUUUCAGGUCGGUCUUCCUGUGCUGAUCUACGUACGUGCUUGGUUGGUUGGUACACUUAUGAACAUUUAACAUAUAUCCAAGACCUCAAAAUUCCUAUCACAAUAGCACUGAGCAGGGGUGGAGAACUGCAUCUGGCUGGCGGGCCAGGUCCUUAUUUCCCUGCUCCCUGGCAGGCCAAAUUUGCCAAGUGGAUGUGACAUUCCAGCCUGACAGCUCUGAGCACAUCCCUGUAGUUUGCACAUGCCUAUAGCCACUUCCGCCUGAAGCAGAGGACCUGUUUAGAUUGGGCUGCAGAAGUUGUAAUUCCCAAGAAACCUUCCUCCUAUGCACACAAGCUCCAUUUGACCAUGUGAACUCCAGUGUCUAAGGGCUGUUCCCUCAGUUAUAAUUUUAUAAUAGAAGAAUGCCUAUCAAUCACACCUGUGAUAAAGAUCACAGCAUGGGAAAUGCGUGUUUAUGUUUGCUUGAGUCAUGGCUGGUGCACUGCAUCACCCUGUUUAUGGUGACUGCUCCAGUGAUGGGUGGUCCAUGACGGUGGCAAUAUUGGGAAUUAGUGGUAACUGGUUGCUCAUGUGAGAGAGUUUUGUUUUGUUUUGUUUUGUUUUGCAUAAGCUGAAUGCUUGCAGUAUAACCAGUGUGAAAUAUACUCAGAGUCGAGAGUGGAUUUCAUGCUCUUUAUUCAGCUCAAAGUGGUGAGGAAGAAUGAAUGUUUCCCCAAAGUAUCUGCCUUAUAUACAUUAUCUACACAAUGGGCUGUACGUGAUUGGCUAAUUCCGGAAUUCUCCUGUAGGCCAAUCAGGUUGUGGAUUCACUUCCAUCUGGAGCUGGAUUGGAUUGGGUGGCUCCUGCAGACCAAUCAUACUGCUGCAUUGCUCUAGGACCAAUCAGACUGCUGCAUUCUGAAUCCUAUUGUUCUAGGACCAAUCAGACUGCUGCAUUUUGGAUCCUAUUCAACUCAGUACAUAACACAGUGUAUGGUAUAUUACCUCUGCACCAAUAUAAUUAUCUAAAAUCUUACCUACUUGUCUAACCUCAUUGGGACAAACAGGUCCUAUGUAUCACUUGCUACAGACUUUAUUCAUUUAUUCAUUCAUUCAUUCACAAUGAUUCACAUGUUUAUUUCCUGCCUUCCUUCAAGGAGCUCAUGGCUGUGUACAUCAGACUGAGAGUUAGGGACUGGCUCUAAGGCUGUCCAUUAAGCUUCAUGGCCAACUGGUGAUUUGGUCUAACACUCUCGCUCCUAUACUAUGCAGACUCGCUGAAAAUUUGGCUGCCAUCACAACCUACCUUGUGUAAAACUUCACUUUAAACUUGCAGCAAAAUUGGUGAAGGCCAAUUCCCCUUUUCUCUGCUUAAAAAAAAGAAAGAAGUAAUGUCCACUACCGAAUUCAGGGAGGAAAUCAGUGAGGUUUUCUAAUAACUUCAGAAGUUUAUCCUGUACUGUUGUGUCUUGCCAAUGAUUGGGUUUAAUGAUUGCAUUUUACUGUUGAAUUAUUUAAUGUUGUUUUAUACUAAUUGGAAAGUGCCUUGCGAUCACUUGUCUGUGUCGAAGGGUCAUCUAGAAAUUUUGUGAAAUAAAUAAAUUUCUUGAUGUCACAGUUUCUUUUAAUCUUAUAAGUGACAUUCGGGUUCAUUUCCAUCAGCUAGCAUUUCAAUAUGGGAAACAUCCCCAAGGGUUACUAGUAUAGUGAUUGCUCUGUGACUGCAUGUCAAACAGUAGUUAGCUACAUGCACAAUAACCCCAUUAAAGGUAAAGGGACCCCUGACCAUUAGGUCCAGUCAUGGCUGACUCUGGGGUUGCGGCACUCAAAUCGUUUUAUUGGCCGAGGGAGACGGCGUACAGCUUCCGGGUCAUGUGGCCAGCAUGACUAAGCCACUUCUGGCGGACCAGAGCAGCGCACGGAAACACCGUUUACCUUCCCGCCGGAGCAGUACCUAUUUAUCUACUUGCACUUUGACAUGCUUUCGAACUGCUAGGUUGGCAGGAGCCCAUUAGGCUAUGGGAAAUUCAAGUGGACAUGCACAGUUUAACAAAUCAAUUAGAAUGUCUCAAAAUCUGGCCAGUUCUAAAUGGGUUUUGCUGGCAAUCUGUGUUGGUGUCAGUAUUUUUUCUUAAUAAACUCAGAGAUUUUCUGAUCUGAGGAGCACAUUGCAAAGUUUAAGUGGACAACACAGUCAAUGAUCAGUAUGGAGCUAUGUGGAAGAAUUACUGCACUCUGAGCUCAAGUACUUAAAAGUGUGAUGUUUCCUUUAAGGGGGCCUUAUACUUGCUGAAUUCUUUGAGGUUUUAACCAGUAGACUGCUGAAUAAUUAACUACACUGAUUUCCCAUCAGCAUUUUAAAGCACACUAUAGAUGAACUGGCCUUCCAUCCCAUCUAGUGGCUCUUAUUAGUGGUGCAGUUGUGGAACAGAGCUUCCCAGGAUAUUUAAGAGAUGCUGGUAGAUUUGCCUUUUUGUUUGGUAUAACGUAAGUGGUAGCAAAAUGCUAAGUUUGGUUUCUGCAGAUGAUAGAACAUGCCCCUCCCCCAAAAGGUAUUCUAGGAAACCUGAAAUUUCAGAGUUAUAGAGAGUGAGCCCAGCUUCAGCUGGGGAGGGCGGGAUAUAAAUAAAAUCUAUUAUUAUUAUUAUUAUUAUUAUUAUUAUUAUUAUUAUUAUUAGAUCAGCAAUAUAUGCAUUUAGCAAUCCUGCACCCCUCAAAGCCAACAGUCCAACUGAGCUUAGAGAUUUAAAUAUUAAGCAACUGAGAAAUGCUUUUAAAGAAACAGCUCACCCCAAUUUCAAAAAUUGUUGUUAAAAACAAGAAGCGUUGUCACUGUUUCUAAGAAGAAGGACAAAGCGAGUACUGAUAAAGCUUACAUGGAAAGGCAUUGGAAAAGACAUAUUGUAUUAGGCUUGUUUCCUCUACAACUUGGGACCAAACUCAGGUAGACCUCGGAAAGAGCCCUGUCUGAAACCCUGGAGAAACCACUGCCAGUUGGCACGACAGACUAAUUGGUCUGAUGCAGUAUAAGGCAGCUUUCUGUCUUCCUAACACACAACUGGUGGGAGCCCUGCUAGUGGUUCUUCAGACAAUUCCUUCCAGUUUAGUUGACAUUGUUCCAAUGAUGGGGCAAAGUGGGUGCCAAGGGCAAAUUCUUCUCUCUUCUGGAAGAGGGCUCACAAUGUACCACUAGAGUUCUCAGUGGUUAGUUCGCUCUUUGAAGGGUGUGGAUUAUUUAUUUCACUUGCUAAAGGAAAGUGCUCAUAUAUUUUACAGGCUCUACACUUUAGAUGGAAAACCUGUCGAGAGUGGGAUGGAUUUGGAAAAUGGGCAGUUUUACGUAGCGGUUGGCAGAGACAAAUUUAAGAAGUUGCCCUAUAGUGAAUUGCUGUUCACCAAGUCCACCAUGAGGAGAUCGUAUGGGUAAGUUUAAUGGGGUUUUGUGCUAGCCAUAUUUAUGAACAUGAAUUACGAUAAUACAGUGUCAUGAAUCCAGGUGCGUAGUGCAGCUAAGCCCAUUUUUUGACGUGGAUGGGAUUUUUGUAACUUUUGGGUUCUAUAGGUGAGAAGUUACACAGUGCAGCUGUAAUUGCUGCUGAUAUCUAUCUCUUUUUUUGCCUAGUUCACAUGUUUUGCUUGUUUAUAUGAGCAUCUAAGUUAUGAUUACUUGCACAGACAAAAACACAUAGUGAAUUAGACCCAAAGCAACAGGUUAGGAGGAUAAAGAAGGGUUUUGCUUCAUUUGACAGAGCGAAGAUACCCUAAAGCUACCUUAAUUCACUCUAACCUUCUUCACACAGUGAUAGAUCAGAGCUCCUGUUUGAAUAAACUGGUAAAGUCAACGGUUCUCACUUGAGGAGUUUUCCAUUCCUAGUUUUUCAUAGCCUCUUGAGCAAAUUUAUUUUGGCCCAGUUGCAAAAGUUACUGUCCUUCACAAGUGUUUUAUGAGACCACACAUAAAAGGGCAAUGUAUGUAACUGCAUGUAACUGCUUCCUCUGCAGUUGGUCUUUGAGAUGACGACUAUGGCUUGUGAAUAUCUGAAAUGGUUUCUAGCUUUUCAGUAAUUUCUUAUAUUAUAUAGGGUCCUUCCUAUGUAUGACAAUUGCAAAAUAUACCACAAAAUCAUUUGCUUCUAAAUACCUUGGGUUGUUGAAGGGAAGUUUUCUUUCUGCAGUUGACCUGUUUUUGAUAUUCAUCAUGAUUCAUUUGCAGAAAGUUUGUGCGGUGGUUAGAUGGUGUCCUCUGUUUAUUUAGCAUCCAUUCUGAUUUGUUUGGGUGGACGUUAUCCAGCAUUACUUCAGUCAAUUUGUUACCCACACUUUGCAGUGCAUUUGCCUCUCACUUUCCUUACUGCAGAAAGUCCAUUUUGGAAGAAGUGGGUUUGUUAAGCAAGAGCACCAAACUGACUUUGAUUGUGCAACCUGGAUUUGCCAGCACAUGAUUGAAUCACACUUGGAAAUAGUGACCGUCUAGAAGCAUCCUUAUAAAGAUAUUAUGUUUGUUGGCAAUAGAUAGGCUGUUUCAGCAUAAUAAUUAAUGAUGUUGAGAACAUUCCAAGUGUUUUAAACCUGAAAUACCAUUAUUGUUUCCUGCAGCUCAAAAUCAUCUUCACUACCUCCUAUUGGUGGAUCUGGAAAGUCUAAGGGGAGUGUAAGUAUUCAGAAGUAAUAUAUGUUUCAUGGUUAAGCAGCUUGUUUAACUCUAUCAGAUAAGAUGUCAUUUUCUGUUGUGGGUCUACACAAGCAUUCUUUGGAUACAAAAGAAAAGUACAAAGAGAAGAAGUUUAAGAGACUUGAGCUUCUUAUUUCCUUUGCAUGUUUGUAACCUGCAAAAUUGUAUGAAAUAAUGCCUCUGUCAUCAAAUAUAUUACUUUCCAACCUUAAAUCCAAAGCAUGCUCUUGGUAAGAUUCCAGUUUGGGAAUAUUGAUAAUAAAACUGAUUUUGUAUGUGUGCACUUGAAAAGGAUGCUUGCAGUGCAAUCCUGUUAAUGUCUUGUUAAAAGUAAGCCCCAUUGAAAUUGAUGGGGGCUUAUUUUCAGGUCCAUAGGUAAAGGUAAAGGGACCCCUGACCAUUAGGUCCAGUCAUGACCGACUCUGGGGUUGCGGCGCUCAUCUCGCUUUAUUGGCUGAGGGAGCCGGCGUACAACUUCCGGGUCAUGUGGCCAGCAUGACUAAGCCGCUUCUGGCGAACCAGAGCAGUGCACGGAAACGCCGUUUACCUUCCCGCCGGAGCAGUACCUAUUUAUCUACUUGCACUUUGACGUGCUUUCGAACCUCUAGGUUGGCAGGAGCAGGGACUGAGCAAUGGGAGCUCACCCCAUCACAGGGAUUCGAACCACCGACCUUCUGAUUGGCAAGUCCAAGGCUCAGUGGUUUAACCCACAGCGCCAGGUCCAUAGGUGUGUAUAUAUCAGGCAUGUCCAACUUUCAAGAGACUGUGAUCUAUUCCCACUAUAAAAAACGGACAUUGAUCUACCAAAGUUGUUGAGGAUGUUGAGCUUUUUUUUGGGGGGGGGGGACCACAGACCAGUAGAUCGUGAUCAACCUGUUGGACAUUCCUGGUAUAUAUGAUUGCAGCCUAUGUAAAGUACUGUUUUAAGUUUUCACAAAUUAAAUAGUCUCGUUUCCUUUUUGUGAUGGAACCACCAGUCCAAAUCUACUGACACAGCAGAAACAGUGUCCUCUCCUCAACCUCCAAAGAGAAAGGAGAAGCACGUACAGAAUCAAGAUAUUAAAAAACCUGCUAAAUCAAAAGAAAACGUAAAAGCCGUGACCAGAUCUCAUGUUCCCCCAGAUAAUGGUAAGUACCUGAAGACACUAUUUUAAGAAGUAACAAGAACAGUGGCUAAAUCUUAAAGUUUGGCUGCCUUUACUAUUUGUGACUCUUGUGCUUUUUUAUCAUGAGCAAGUAUGAAUUUUGCUAAAGAUUACUGUUUCCAGACAUGGCACUCUUAACUUAAAGAUAUAUCUAAAUGUUCCCCUCCCCCCGACUAUCAGGAAAGCCUGUCCAUGAAAUACACCCUGUUGGGAAAGGACAGGGUUGCUUUGCAUUUUAAAUCCCUUCCGUUGAUUAGGCUGUUCAUCUCUUUUGCUUCCUGCACAUGCCCCAGGUAAAUGAAGGAGGAAGUGGUGAUUGCAGUCCUGGUAUAUGCACACCGCAAUGUCAUUGCGCAGGUGUGGGUACCACCUCCAUUCCUGGGGCUGCCUACAUCCAUUUUCAAAUGGACAUACAACAGGGUAAUGCAGAAAGAAUCUUUUUUUUUUUUUAAUGAUAUUUAUUGAGAUUUCAAAAACAAAAAAUUACAUAAAAGAUAAUGAAAAAUAUAGAAAAAAAAAGAAAAAACAUACAAAAUGCAAAGUAUAGAAAAAAUAUAUAGAAAAAACACUUAGAAACAAAUUUAUCCUUCCGUAUCUUACAUUUCAUUUCCUUGCUUUCCUGACCUCCUCUCACCUCCCUUUUUUGUAUUCCGGUUCAAUUGGUUAAUUCAGCAAUUCCUUUCCCUCUUUGUUUUUGUCUUAGUCCUUUAACUUAAUAUAUUAUAGCUUUAAAUUCUCACCCUAGUCUCGGAUUCUACCGGUCAUUUCCGCCAGUUCCAUGUAGUCCAUCACCUUCAUUUGCCAUUUUUCCCAGGUGGGUAGAUCUUGUGUCUUCCAAUACUUCACGAUGAGUAUUCUUGCUGCUGUUGUGGCAUACAUAAAAAAAGUUCUAUCCUUUUUUGGCACCAAUUGGCCGACCAUGCCCAGGAGAAAGGCCUCUGGUUUCUUCAGAAAGGUAUAUUUAAAUACCUUUUUCAUUUCAUUAUAAAUCAUCUCCCAGAAAGCCUUAAUCCUUGGGCACGUCCACCAAAGGUGAAUGAAUGUACCUUCAGUUUCUUUACAUUUCCAACAUUUAUUGUCGGGCAAAUGAUAGAUUUUUACAAGCUUGACUGGUGUCAUGUACCACCUGUAUAUCAUUUUCAUAAUAUUCUCUCUUAAGGCAUUACAUGCCGUUAACUUCAUUAAUAGGCAAUUAAUAGGCAUUUGUAUAUAUUCUUGAGCCAUGAGUGUUUCUGCUACUUCUGAACACUCCAUGUUAACACAGGUCCUGCAGUCCUGAACACCAGGGAUGAGGAACAUGUGGUCAUCUAGAUGUUGUUGGACUCCAACUCCCAUCAGCCCCAGCUAGCAUGGCCAUUGCCUCAGGGAUUAUGGGAAUUGUAGUCCAGCAACACCUGGAGGGCCACAGGUUCCCCAUCCCUGCUGUGCACAUAAAGAAUUCCUAUGGCCCAGUUCACACAUCACAGUAAACCACAAUUAAUGGUUUACUAAGAAACAAACCACAGUUGCUUCUGAACCAGGGAUAUUGUUUUGUUUUGGUUCAAGCAAACUGCGGUCAGUAAGGUAAGGAUUGUUCUUGUCUUACAGAUGGUGUUUUCUUUUGUGUGAAACAAAUCUCAAUCCCUGGUUUAGAUGUACAGUGGUACCUCGGGUUACAUACGCUUCAGGUUACAUAUGCUUCAGGUUACAGACUCCGCUAACCCAGAAAUAGUACCUCAGGUUACGAACUUUGCUUCAGGAUGAGAACAGAAAUCGUGCUCUGGCAGCACAGCGGCAGUGGGAGGCCCCAUUAGCUAAAGUGGUGCUUCAGGUUAAGAACAGUUUCAGGUUAAGAAUCCGGAACGAAUUAAGUACGUAACCAGAGGUACCACUGCAAUACUAAAACAGAGGUCAUGGUUUGUUUUUGCCACACAUUACUAGGGAGGAGCAAUGUGGGAGAUUGGCAAAUUCAUGGUAGGAAUAAAUUUUUUCCCCCAGAAGUUAAUCCCCUGGCUUUACACUGCAUCUAAGCCUCCAAGGCAGCUCACAUGAAACAAUAAAAUAAUCUACUACAAUAAUGACCCCCAACCCCCUGAGCUAAAAAGCAAAAGCAAAUUCAACAGCCAACAACAACAGAGAUAAAGAACAUGCAAGUUAAACUCUAAUUAAAUGCCAGCAACAACUAGAGUGAACAUAAAUUAAUUGGUGCUUCAAAAUUAAUCAUGUAGGCACCUGAUGAAUUUAGCUGGGAAGUGUUAAGUAUAAUGUUGUGGAGAAGUUUUAAAUUAACUGAAUCUUGCAUUCCUUUGAACCGUUUUUCUGAAGUUGAAAUAUGUGCGCUGGUUUACCACUGAGCCUUUUUAAUUAAAACUUCUUUUUAAUAUGUAACUUGUCCCUUGUCCUGCUAUCCAGAAUGGAGACAAGGGACAAAAUACUGGAGUAGGCUUGACCAUGAGUUUUGAAGAUAUGCAAAAGUGAUUAACAGUCAACCUUAGCUAUCCACUAAAUUCCUAACCUUCCUGUGAGACCUCAAUUUCCAGGAAGGAAAGGUGUCAAUUGCUGCCUUACUCCUUAAAAUCAUCUGCCUUAACCCUGACCCAGAGUCCAAUGUGGAGCCAGUGCUACAGUUUCAAUUUUCCUUGGCUGUGCCAAAGGUAUUCCAUCACCUCUGCAAGAGAUGCCUCAAUGUGAUCACUAAAUCAAACUUUGUCCUCUAAUCCAGGCCCUUACUGAUUUGUUCACAAGAACAGUCCAGGAUUGUGGGCCCAUUGUUGUUCAACCCUAUCAGCAGGUAGAACGAGCCUCCAAAUUUCCUUUGUAGACUUCCAGGGAAAAUAUUAUACCCCUCUUCCAGGAGUUUGAAACCUGGGGUCUUCUUCAUGUAAGGAAUUUGCCCUGUCACUGAGCUAUGACUGUUACUCAAGCAUUGCAGAACAAAUGACUACACCAGCCAAAUGAUCAUGCAACUUAAACUGAACCAGAAUGCCAAAAUUAACCAAAUAACAACCCUCAUAUGUUUUACUGCUGAGGCCAAGGGCAAGAUGUCCUCCCACAUUUCACAUGCAGAAGUCAACUAGACUGUUAGUUAAUUCUUUCCCUAACACUGUUUGGAUGUGUGUCUGAUUUCUCUAGGUACCAGCGCAGUUGUAGAGUGACACAUACCUGGUAAAAUGUACUCCUGGCCAUUGCUAUGGCCAGGUCAUCCAGGGACAAUGCCUGCUCCAGGAGCACUACCACACGUGUAUUUUGUUUUUCACCAGCAGUGCAACCCCACUGAGGACCAGAGCACUGUAGUCAUGCCUGGAUUUAAGUUUCAGUUUGUUCACCAAGCCAUGACUGAUUCUAAACAUUGAUUCAGGACAUGAGUGCUUGUACUUCCCUAAGAUCAGAAGAUAGAAACAAGAGGUAGAUCUGAGUGUCAUAAGCAAACUAAUGACACAUCAGCAUCCCAAGCCUCUAGAUAAUUUCUCAUAGUGUUUACAUAUAGAUCUGCUUAUCUAUAUGCCUGCCAAUCAAGGGCAGUACUCAUCUUAAGGCUUACGCAGAUUCAUAUGGGUAGAUAACCUAAGAUUGGUCUUUGUGGAACCCUGUUCCCCAGUAGCCGCUAGUGGAACAGCAGUUUCGCAGCACCAUCUUCUGGGAGGUAUCCUCUGGAAAGAUUGAGAGCCACUGAAAAACAGUUCUCUUUCAUACUUCUCUGCAAAUGUGGAGACGAUUUAUCAAAUGUUAUCUAACAUCCUAUGCCUUAUUGUGACUUUUCUGCCAAAUGGCCCAUCUGUGGUUCUGUAAUAAUCAGUUCUCUGUUUCUAAAAUGUUAUUGUGACUUUCUAUAGAGAAGAAAACCCCACUGUUGUAUUUCUCGUAUGAUAGAGUCCUUUCUUGUAUUUCAAAGAGUCUUACUGUUUUAGGCAGGGCAGGUUAAUCCCUGCAUCCAGUUUUUAAAUAUUGUGUGCUAGUUGUAUCUUUUGUUUUUUUAAAGGAAAAAUUAAAUAACUUUAAUUGGAGAGGUUAUGCAGCAAGUGAUAAAAUGUCCCUUUUAUUUUUCUGAGAAGGAUGUGUAACAAUUUGUGACUAGCUUGGGGCUGAAACUAUUCCCCUCCCCCACAAGUUCUUUGAAAUGAGGGUUUUACUACCUGCAAGGUAAUAGUUACCUGGAAUAUCAGUUUGGCUUGGUUUGCUAUACAAAUUGAGGUUUUAAUGUCUCUAUGUAUUCUUCAUGCUGAGAAGUUGAUAGGUACCGUAUUCUUCUGAAAGACGAAUGGUAAUGCAUUAGUAUUUAGAGGAAUUUUGGCAGUAAUUUUCAAGAGUUGACAUCUAUCUAUGUGGAGCAUGCAUGCAUUAAUGAGAAAUACUUGCAAAUGGAUAUUCUCAUUAGGUGUGACAAGAAAGAGCAAAAAUUGCCUCCACCCAUUUGGUCCUGGCUUGCGAUAUAUAUUACAGCCUCUGAAUGGAGGUUUGGGAAGCCUUUAAACAGAACGACCUGCUUUUUCUAGAAGGCGGUAGCAAAAGAAUGGGCAAGUCAUUAUGUGAAAUACAUAAAGUUUCAUAAUGUUAUGGAACACAUUAUGAAAACCGCAUUCUGGUACCACCUCUGUAUGUUACAGUUUUGGAGUCUUUGACCCUUACUGGAACCAUUUUCUCAUGUUAUGAAGACCUUUUCCAUUAUCUCACCGGUCUUUGGUUUCCAUUAUCUUACUGUUGUCGUCAACAAUUUUGGCUGUGCUGUUCCAUCUCUCUGAAACAGAGAAUGGAGUUCUGCUUCAUAAGAUGUAUUCUUUGCAACCUAAUAGUUUGGGAUCAUUACCAUUGCUACAAGCAGAAUGACGAUAGGGUAACAGCACAGUCAAACAGCCAUACCUUUGGGCCCUCUGGUUUAUGGUGCAUAGUAAUUUAUUUUCCAGGAAAACAUUAUCACAAGGCGAUGUUUCCCAGCUAUUCUUAUACAAGUGAACUCCACAUAUAAACAUGACAUAUUGAAUCACUGAAAAUUAACACUCUGCCAUGGUUGUUGGUGUGCAUAUUAAAGAAUUAAUAAUACCUGUGGUACAGUUCUGGCUUGCCUCUAGCCUGUCCCUUUAGGAUUACUCAAUUUCUCUAAUCCUUCAUAACAUAUAAGCAGAGAGGCCCUGUCUCAUUUACGCCAGGCUUGCCUAUGCCAACUCAGCUAUGCCAUGUCUCUUUAUACCAGCUCAAGUUCCAAUUACCAGUUCGGCAAUAAUUCACACUUUUAUAUAAUAACAGCAACAUAACUUGCUGUCUCUGCUCUUGGCUGUUAAAACUCAUUAAACUCCAUGGAACUUAUUUCUGAGUAAAUGUACAUAGGGCUUGAUUGUUACUGAUUUGGUGUGUGAGUGCCAUGCCUAUGGCAGAAUGGAAUGAGCUCAUUGUUAUCAGGAAAUGGAUUUUGAAAAUGGUUCUGCUUCCUUGUCAUCAGUUUUUAUUUCAUUUCUGUUAUGUUGCCCCUUAAAAUAUGUCUCCUCCUCCUGUUUUCUGUGAGGGAACAUAGCAGAGGCCUCUGUUUUGUACACAAAAAUGUUCCCUUCCCAUGAGAGAUUUAUAAUUCUCUUGAGACAUUUUAAAAUGGAUUCCUGCAACAAUGCCAGUUUUUUGGUGUUUUGUUUGGGUGAAGAUUAGAAAACAAUCCUGUAUCCUCUUCACCCCUUUUGGGUAUUUGUUGGAUGUAAUGAACAAUGCGUUUAUUAUGGGUUUGUUUUGCCUUUUUGCUUUAUGAGGCAGCAUCUGGUAAAUGACAUUAAAUAUUUUUUUGUAGUUACAUUAACUUAGAUACAGAGCUUACAGCUCUGUAAAUGCCCCUGAUUUCCAUAAAAUAUUCAGGGCAGACAGUUAUUACCAUGAUUAUUUUCUCCCUAAUGCUGAACUUCAAUCAGUUUCAAAUUUGAAAUGUAUUAAAUGGCUAUGCAUAAUACUAUCAUUUGUGCUGCAAUAUAUAUUUUUUUAUUGUUAGGUCUGCCUAGGAGGGGAACGUAUGCAGGAAACAUUAAUUUUCUGUGUUUUAUUAUUUAAAGUAUAUUGAUUUCUUAUUAGUUGUUGGAAUUUAUAACUCAUUUUCUAUUUAAUAUAGUCAUGUAAUUUUCUUGUUUAUCAACGUGUAUCAGUGAGGUUCUGUCAGUUGGAAUGGAGAUACUGAGCUGGAUAAAGCAGAGAAAUGUCUUUCAGUAGUUUCAGGAGUCCAGAUUCCUCCCCCCCCCCCAAGAUAUUAGCAUAGAAGCCGUGCUACACUCCAGCUUCCAAAUGGUUCUUUCCAUGUUCCCAUGCUUUCUACACUCACAGGACUCUAGCAGAAAGGUGCUAGACAGUCCCGUUUGCUGAAUUCCACAUCUGCUGCUUCCACAUCUGCAGUCAAGUUCCAACCUUUCUCCUCUUCUAUGCAUUGACUGUCCCUUGUCUAGGCUACUGCCUUGUGUUUUGUAGCAGGUGAUUAAUACAGCCAUCUGAUUUCCCCCCCACAGGAUAGAGUGAGGCAGUAUAUAAAGUUAUGCUUCUAUUUGCAUGUUGUCUUCCCCUGCAUGUUUAAAACUUUACAUUCAGGAAUAUUUAAUUCAAAAGGCAGAAAUGCAUGGCAAGCCAAUUUAAAAUACCAGUUGAAAAAAUGCGGAAAGUUGCAUGAACUGCUAGUGCUGUAUGUCUCUCUGAGAAAGGAGUUGCAGAUUGUGUGCAGCCACUGAGAAGGCCCUCUCAUGUUUUUCCACUGUGUUCAAAAGCCAGAAACAAAAAGGAUCAGUGUUUCUAUUUGCGAAUACAUCUCCUUUCUAAACUUGGGUUAGCCAAGUUUGGGUUGGUGAUACAUUUAUUGCUUUCUUCUUUCCCACCAUGCUAUGUAAUAUUUGUCUUCUUAGCCUGAAGACUUCCUUCAUAUAUAUUAUAGUUAUCCCAUUUCUGUGAUUUAAUAAUUAUUUGAAUCUAUAAAAAUAUGUAAUAAUAACAUACAAUUUCUUUUCACUUGAAAUGAAUGAAAUUGAUUUUUGAGUAGUUCUUGGCAGAUUUUCCUUAUAACUGUCUUAAACCACGGCGGACGUAGCAAAGUACCAGUUGUUAUCCGUGGUGAAAGAAACCUAAUGGGUAAAGCUUUGUUGACAAAAAACAACUUGAGGGUUUUGUUAACAUCUAUUUUGUGAAACGUGUGUGCUAUGUUUUCCUUUAUAAGCGUGUUUGAUAUUUAGUUGCUUUAAAGCUCAGAAUUGAGCUAGUGCAACUUUUGACAAAGUAUUAUCCUGAAGCCCAGAUUCAACUAACCCAGGAUGCUAGUGGAAAGCUCGUGGAAAACUCGUGUAAAGGCUCCCACUAGCACAACAGGGCUUUCUCUCCUCCUCUUCUGUGUGCCCCUGUGGCACCCCCAAAUCUUCUCCGGAGGUUCAGGAGAACUCUCAGAACAGUGCAUGGGGGGAGGGGGAGAGUGGGGAAUUGUUCCAUCCGGCAAGCAAUAAUGCUUGUGCUGAUGGAACAAUUAGGAGAGCACAACACUGAAUUCCUUCCAGUGGUUAUUUUCAUUCUCUUUCCAUGUAAGAAUGCUGGUGCUCUUAUAAAAGCCAAAGCAAAACCGAUGGGUGCAUGUCUUCAAUCUGUAAGUGUAAACACCUGUGAAGAAUGAGAAACCUUUUCCAGGCUGUCCUUGGGUGCAGUUCGCUAACUUUGCCACACAGUGUCACAGUUGGACUCUGCUUCUUUCCAAUUUCAGAGGAGGAAGGAGUUUACAAGGCUGGCAAAAAGCGAUCGGAAAUGAGGGGGGCUGUGGAAGUCCAGGAAGAUGAAGACACUCAAACUGAGGUCCCACUUGACCAGGUAAGCUGCAAGCUUUGAACAAGGGACUCAUAAUGAAAAUAAGUUUGCAGUAAAGUUGUGGCUCAUUUCUCUUGUGGUUUUCCACUGCUGUCAUAAUCAUCCUUUUUCUGCUAUUGGUAAACUGUUUCAUUGGCCAAUGUACUAAGACUGCCAUCAGUGAAGGAACACAGACCUUUGAAUAUGGCUGGCAUUGGAAUACCUAAGUUCCGUUUUCUGGUUUCUGUAACCUUUUUAGAACCUUAUUCAAUAAUGGUCAUUGAAUAUUGCAGCAAUGUACUAUUAAAGCAAAAGCUUAGCUAUUGAGUACUAGAACUUUCAUACUGGCUACAUGGAUGGGUAUAAAUUAAACUGCACAAAGUGCAAACCAGCAUUAGAUUUAUGCAAAAUGUUCCUGUUUUGCAUUUGAACUGUUCUGAAUACAAAUAGUAUUAUGGCACUCAAGUUUCAAAUAAACCACCCUCUAUCAAAAUAUCAAAUUUUGUAAGGAAUUGAACUAUGUGCAUGAAGUCAAUAGAAUGAAUAACAGGAUAAAUGCUGUCACGUUCAGGAUGGGUAUCUUUCAAUCUUCGUAAUGGAGAAUGAUGUAAUCCUCGGCCAAAUUACAAGCAUGAAGCAAUAUAAUGAUGAAAAUCAUAGGAGCCUGAAACUAUGAUUAGUUAAAUCCCAUAGUCAUUUGAUUAGGGCAGCAACACCAUUUGUGGAAUAGGUCUCUAGAGUGCGUGGAAUGUAAUAAAAAGAGCUAUUAUUGUUGGCCUCUUUAUGAUUGCUUUACUGAUGUUGCAUUGGACCAGUGAGGACAGCAUGGGAAUCUUGGAGAUGUUAAUAGGUUUGGAGCUUUUGAAUUUCAUGGCAGCUUUUCAUUAUGGUUUAUCAAUGUGUUUCAAACCUGGUGUUUGUGUGUUGGUUUGUUUGUGUGUGUAUACAUGCAGCUACUGUGAAUCUGUAUCAUCUUUGUUAGGCUAGAAAAAGUGGUGGUGGUGUCAAUGGUAGCAGUAAAUCAGAGGGAAAUUGGUGUGGUGGCAGCAACAGGGCCAGAGGAAACAUAGACUUGUAGAACUGGAAGGGGCAUCUAGUCCAUCUCCCUGCAGUACAGGAAUCUCAACUAGAUCAUACAUGACAGUUGGCCAUUCAACCUCUACUUAAAGCCUCCAAGGACACCAGGCUAGUCUUCCUUCUAGACGAAAAACAGAUGUCCACAUUGAUUCAAGUUUUGAAACUGGCAUCUGAGAAAUACCCCUUGAUGGAAGUGCUUUUGUUUUUAGUCACAGUAUCACGAGUGAACCCUAUCCUCUGGAUCCUUGUGCAGAUGUAAAGCAUUCAUGUUUAAUGUAUUUUAAUGGCUUUCUUACCCAUGUUUGGCAGGUCUCUGGUUCAAAAUCCUAAUUGAGUUUCGCAAUCAUGAAAGAAAUGUUUGUUCUCAAGUGACACCAGAUAAGAAAGGCACUUGUUGUUCAAGCAUAUAAAGUACUUUCUGAUGGAAAGUACUCAAGCAUAUAAAGUACUUUCUGAUGCUAGGAAGUCCUCCAUAGUAACUACAGUGGUACCCUGGUUUUCGAAUGUAAUCCAUUCUGUAAGACCGUUCGAGUUCUGAAAUGUUCGAAAACCGAAAACUCAAUACGGAAAAUUCAAUAUGGAAGCUGCGUGGCAUGCUCGAUUUCCGAGGCAUGUUCGAAAACCGAAGCAUUGUCAACGGAGAUGUUCAAAAACCAAGGCACCACUGUAAAUGGUAUAAAGUAAAGUAACCAAUAGACUUGUUUUCUGUUCAUUUAUAACACUGUCUAGAUGAAAGGUGGGCUGGAUGCUGCCCAGGGAUGAGUGGGACUGACGGUACCCCAAUAAUGCUGGUCUUGGCUGGCCUGAUUCAGAGUGGGCCCACUUAAGGAGAGGUACAAAAUUGCAGAACAAAAGAGCUGGCCCUACUGCUAACUGGUAGUUCCUUGCAGAGGAUUGAAGGGAUGCAGGGGGCACAUGGGAAGGUAGGAGAGCGAGGGGAAGUUCUCUUGCAUUAGUGGAAUUUGUUCUGCUUUGCCGCAACGUCUUUGGACUCAGCCCAUUGAGACCUUUGAAAUCUGACUUGUAUCUUAAAGAUUCAUGCUUAUGUUGGCACUCAGAUAUUAAAAAGGUAAAGGGACCCCUGACCAUUAGGUCCAGUCGUGGCCAACUGGGGUUGCGGCGCUCAUCUCACUUUAUUGGCUGAGGGAGCCGGCGUACAGCUUCCGGGUCAUGUGGCCAGCAUGACUAAGCCGCUUCUGGCGAACCAGAGCAGCGCACGGAAACGCCGUUUAGCUUCCUGCCGGAGCAGUACCUAUUAAUCUACUUGCACUUUGACAUGCUUUCGAACUGCUAGGUUGGCAAGAGCAGGGACCGAGCAAUGGGAGCUCACCCCAUCGUGGGGAUUCGAACCGCUGACCUUCUGAUCGGCAAGUCCUAGGCUCUGUGGUUUAACUCACAGUGCCACCCGUGUCCUGCACUCAGAUAUUACCACAUUUCAAAAUAAUUCAUUUAUUAAAAUUGCCAGCCGCCUUAUGUUGCCCAGGGUAACCCAAAGUGACUUACAACCAUAAUAUUUAGCUCCUGAAAUCAAAAUUUCAAAUUUACAGUUGGGCAAAGUUAAAAUGUACACAAUUAGAAAUGCACAUGUCUCUUUGCAGUGAAAACCAAUCAGACUGAAUCCAGCCCAGAAGCAACAAUUUCUUUCCCUUUUUCAAAUGUUUAAAUUUUGUAAACAGGUGCUCCAUUGUCACUUAGCAACCCUAGCUGGUUAGGGAACAAAAUGUUUUGAGUUUUGCUUUGCUUUGUAAAGCAUUUGGGAUAUAUAACAAAUCAUUGUUCACUGGGAAAUGGCAACGGUAUUUAAGCAUUGCUCAUUUCUUCAAGCCUAAGUGCUCUCUGAAGUUGUGUUUACGCCUUGCUCUGUGUGCCUGUUAGGAUCUUGUUUUUUCUCUUUUGUCUGAACGGCAAUAGGUAAUAUCCAUAGUCAAUGCCUAGCUACUUUUGAAAAGAUGCUUUUAAAAAGUGCUUUUUAUUCAAACAGUGCUUCCCAUGUUUUGCAGUGGAGUUACUUUCAGACUGUGAUUUUACCUGCAUUCUGUUAUAGAUGGGCUCAUCUGAGCUGAUUUUCGGAAUCUGAAAAAUUGGGCUGAUUGAGAAUAGAGGUAAAAAUCCAGAAAACAGCACAAAUACAAAAACAGGCUGGCUGCUUGGUUGAAUUACUGGGUGGUUAUAAAAGAGGUUCAGCUAGGUCCCGUGUGUUUUGUCAAGGCCUGAUUGUGCUGUCUGAAAUUAUUAAAUUGGAAUAAUCUUGGUCAGGAUAUAAGGAACUACUUAAUAUCCAAGGGAUUGCUUGCUCAGCUGGAUAUUUGGCCUUCUUGCUUUUUAUGGCAUUAUCCAUGCUGUUAUCAUAUGAUGCUUUUUAGCCUCUCUUUAAUUUCAAAGGAGCUUCCCAUGUGGUUUGUGGAACAGAUUUGUUGUUUCAGGGUAUAAGAAGAUAGAUACCUUCUGGAUUGGACCAAAGAUCAACCUAAUCCAGCAUUUUGGACCCAACAGUUAGUUGCAUCUGGGAAGCUCACAAGACUCCCCUGUAGUUUGUCACCAGUAUCUGGUUUUCAGAGGCCUACCUCCCUUAUACCAGAAUGAGAUUGUUGAAACAGCAUUGUGCUGUAAUUGUAGAGAUGCUUGUGCUGUAUCACAGUUCAGAGCACAGUUCUUCUCUUUAACGUAGCUUUACCCUGGCUUGUCUGUGAACCUCAUAUGUGUUCUUUAUAUAUUAAUCAAAAGAGCUGAGCAUAACACAAUUUGGGUUUUUGGGUUUACUAGCGGCCAGCGGAAACUGUGGAUGAGGAAGAAACCAUGGCACCGGAACAUCAAGCUCGGCAUCAAGAAGACUAUUCAGCUAUGAAUGGGGAGGCGGAUCAGGGUGGAGACACAGGGGAGGCCAUCAAUGGAACAGAAGAGAAUCUGAAUGGCCAUUAUGAUGAUGAGCAGCAAGGGCAGAACCUUGACCAAGAUGAGCCUAGCAGUCAUGCGCAUGGGGGAACAAAUGAGGAAAACGGUGAACAGAUGGAUCACAAUCGUCAUGAAGAAGAAACAAAAGAAGGUACUGAUGAUCAAAAACAGGUAACAUGUCUUUGCUCUUUCGAUGUGCUACUGCUUCCAUUUUUCUGCUCUAACAAUAGGUUUGUUUGCAGCCAGCAUACUCCACAGCUGGAUUUUCAGCUUUGGGGCAGCUCUUCUUGCCUUUUUGCAACCUUUUAUAUGAGGACGGUAUAUAAUCUCAUGCUGGGUGAUCCCAGUGGUAAAGCGUUCACAUGUUGCAUCGACGCUAGCAUUGUGAUAAUGUUGCAGCCCUUACGUUUGCCGGUCACCAGUCUUCUGUGCACUCUGACCUCGUUUUCAGAGGUUACUUGGAAAACUGACUGCCGUGUUUUUGCAGUAUCAUAGCUGAUGUGCCAAGCCAAGUUCAUGAUCACUUUAAUGGUGUGAGCCAGUGAAUUGCGUAUCUGGAAACCACAUACUUUGUCUACACUCGAAAACCUGGUUUCAAGCGCCACAAGCUGCCACCAUGAAAUUUCCCAGAAUUGGAGAGUAACUUGUGCUCUUUAAAAAUUGUACCUAAAACAAGAAAAAACUCAAGCCACUUCCAUUGCUUAAAUAAAAAGUUAGGCUGGGAUGAAUUAGCUUGUAUAAUCACGCUGCUAUUUUUUUGUUACCCAGUUGUCUUCUUCACUUUUUUUCUUGCACAUUAAAGAAGCUAACUAGGAUGCUGGCUUAUUCACUUGUCAUCAUUUAAUGGUUUCUAAAACUACUCGUUUCAUACAUAGCAUGAAGAAUUCAGUUGUUUUUAUUCAAGCACAUUAUAGGCUAGUUGCCUUAUUGCUCAACUGAAUACCUUGUGGCCCAUCAAGCCAAACAUAGUAGUUCACCAGCCGGCCCUUUUGUGGUGGCCUCCAAGGGGUUUGAUAAACCUUCAGAGCUUUUCUGCCUUCUGGAACAGCAAAAGAAGGAGAGUUUCCAACCAUCUCACAUGGCUAUGGAUCUGCACUUGGCUUGAUGGGUGCUGGUUAUGCAGGCUCUGCUUGAUCACAUCAACACAUACAAAAGAAAAAUCUCUGCCAUAUGACAAGUUAAAAUAUGCCCCCCCUUUCUCUCUGUCUAGGAUGAUUCCAAUUAUGAGAAAACCUCAGCUCCAAGAGUUACCAUCACCAGCCCACAGGAGAGUGAAAAAAACGAACAAACCAAUGACUAUGCGGCAGUAGCAUAGACAUAUUUUGAAGGACAUAGGUUAUCAGAAAAUGAAGGAUUUACUAUUUGGAGUGCAAAGCAAUUUUGUGUGUGUGUGUGUGCUUUAUUAAUUUAUAAUGUGACAAUAUGGUGGAGUUCCACCCACUGAACACUGGCAUGAUAAUGUGGUAUACCAGAACUUAGAUAAUUAAAUCAAUAAUUAAGAGGAAGAUUGAAUUAUAGUCCCCAGAUUUGGUCUUUCUCCAAUGUGAAUUCUAAGGGGAAACAUAGGUGUUAAUUGAAUAAAUACUGCCAUUGCAGAAUGUUGAAUAUUGAACUAGGCCUAAUGUGUACCCAUGUUUGUUUAGAAGAGUUGAAGAAUAUUUUUGCGCCUUUAAAAUGGAGAGUCUGUAAUAUUUUUUUAUAGCUGAAUAAAUCUCUUAUGUACAUGA